GAUACCCUGAGAGAUCUGAUCUGGCAAAGUAUGUAAUAGCUCUCUCUAAUACCACGCGAGCGAGUCAGCACUUGGGCAUUUCUUACUAAGGGUAGGCCUUAGCUAAGUUCAUUCCCGGUAAAAGCAAGAUUUUGGACUCGUUGGUGUGGCGUAUUCCCUUUCCAUGCUACAGUUUCUCUGAUCAAUAUUGCAUUGGACCUUCACGUUCCUACUGAGCUUUGGAACUGUUGAAGUCAGCAACGUCGACUUCGGAUAAAAAAAUGGUUCUAGCGCGACUUCUUGUAUUUUCGUUAUGGUUUGCGAGCUUCUUCACGUCGCAAGGUUAGUAAAAUACACAAGUGUCUAUAAGGUAUUUCUUGAGAUUCUAAAGCAAUCGGGUUUAUUAGGUAGCCGAUAGCAUCCGUGAGAAAAACACACGCGCUCACCACCAAAUGCAAUGAACAGCAGCAUUCACUGAAUACAAUGCUUGCUUGUUUGUUACAAUUGUGUGUGUGUCACAACAGCUCACUUGUGCUGAGUUGUCGCGAGAAAAGUUCUUUCUCUCAUCUUCUGUGAAGUAACUGUUAAGCUGAAGGGGUUAGUUAUAUACUAUUUUACUAAGAGACUCGCAGCUCGAAGAUUCAAGUGUGAACAAAACGAAGGUGUCUGGAGAUUCACACAUUUAUUUCAAGACACAUCCGUCUGGCACAGGAUCGGUUUGGGGCAUAACUUAAUUCUUUCUCUUCUUUCGUUCAGAUAUGAAACAACGCAUUAUUUCACUGCAGUUAAGCUUUUGAAUUUUAUUUUGAAUGGAUUUUUCUCUGAAUUUAGUGAUUUUCUAUUUAAGGAUCAAACAUCCUCACUAACAUUAACACAAGGUAACAAUAACGCGUUGAUAAAUAUUUUUUCACGCCUCUAUAUGAGAGUUAACUUCUUGAUUUAAAAACUGAAUAAAGAAGGAAAACAUCGGAAAAUACCGAACAUUUUAAAAUGCAUUAUCUUACUAUAUGUUUGGAAAUUCAAGGCUUUGUUAAGCGCUGACCCAAGGUUUACGCGCGUCUCUGUUGGAAAGACAGAAGAGCUCUAAAGUCGUAAUAAAAUUGUCUACCAGAUUAAGUUACCAACCUGAGCUUACGUGGGAAAUCUUACCAUGCUCUGGUCACUCCAAAUGGAUGUAUUUCUUACCUAUCGCUACAAAGGUCCUUUUGAUAAAAACGUCUAGAAUAUUACCCCAAUAUCUAGCGUGGUAAUCGAGUCGAGACAUUACUUGAGGUAAAAUAUGAAAAUUGUGAAAUACUCUGUGAAAUAUUUCUCAGAAUGAAUGGAAUAAUGCCUCGUUUGUGGAAAUGGCGUGACACAUGCAUCAUCAGAAAGAUGUGAACGUUGCUACCUUUCUCUUAAGCGAUUUGUGAGCAAUAGUCGGUUACGACUGAAAUAUUUUCCUUUCUUUUUAGAAUAAGCUGUCUUCUAUUUAUUUCUUGGAUCUCUUAGAUUCCAAGAAUAAUAGUUGGCGAAAUCGUGGGUGAAUUUCACCAUUCGCUUUUGCAGUAACGACUUUUCAAGGGUUUCUCCCGUAUGCUUAACGCGGCGUGAUCUUCCACUUUGUUCGUUAGCUUGCAACUUUCAUGGACGAUAAACAGGCGUCGAUGGAUCCCUACAUGCCACGAUUUCCAAAAAAUAGGAAACUUUGGGUAAAAAAUGUUUUCUUUAGAACCGGAUCUUUGGCUAAAACGAUUGAAACAUAACGAGCUUUCGACUGUCUGAAUUGCAGUUUUAGACGGGUGAAAUCUGAGUGACAAGAAGCGGAAAUAUUUUGAAUAAAAAUGCGUGGAAUUGUGAAAUAAUAAUGCUAAUGGUUAUGAAUGUUUGUUCAAAAGAAUGUUGUCCAGGUAUUGGACACGAAUUAUUGUCUGCAUUGGGAGUCAGUUUGAUAUGCCACCUUAAUCAAUGAUAGAAACGUUUUCAAAGUCAAGACCAGGCAUGAUUUGCAAUCCUUGAGCCUUUGGUCGCUAUUUUUCUGUUGUUGAAAGUUCUGCCCGUUUCUUCCAUGUAGCACCACGAACAAUAGGCACAAAGAAUUGUGUAUACGAUGUUUGUCUGCGAAUCCUGCGAAGGUCGAAACUUCGAAAUCGGGAACUGUUGUUGUGGGGUGAUGAGCGGUUUGUUUACAACUGUAACGUGAUGUUUUUUGAGGACGCGUGUCAAGAGUUAUGCCUUUCAUCAAAGAAAUAACCGAACCCUUGACACGCGAAAUAAAAAAAAACUAUCCUCUAAUAGUCUUAGAACAACGACAGAGUAGAAAUUUACGAUUUGGAGACUGAAAACCUUUUUUCAUAAAUACUAUCGUUACCCAUUCAUAAAGAAAAAUUGUAUGAUCACAAUUUGCUAACCUCUGACCCACUUUACUGAAAGCUGCGUGAUUGGUAGUACAGUCUGUAAUGCAUAGCAUUUUCCACUUAUGACUUGCGUUGUUUUGAAAUACUCGUGUUCCUUCAACAGCUGUGCCGAUAGAUGAUGAAAGUGAAGAGGUGAGAGUCGCUGAUUUUUAAUGAUUUUGGAGAACCAUCUGACAAACUCGGUUUUCAUUUUUGCGCUGCUACCUAGAGGGGAUCUUGCUCUAUAAUGUCACGCCACAGCUCAGUGAAAUGCGAACAGUCAACCUCGCUGCCAGUGUCGUUUCUCCCGAGGAAGAGAUAGGACCCUGGUAACCAGGUUGUGCGAACUCUUUCCGCAUACACUAAUAAGAAAUACGCCAAGUUUUGCCUAACAUUUAUCCUUAAAUUCAUUUUAAAAAGAAAAUUCUGAUUUUUUUUGCACUGGUGACGUUGAAGAAAUGUGCUGCAAAACGCGAGGUCUAUAAACUUAAUCUAUGAUUUGUUUAAAUUGCUCAACAGAUCCUGAGCAGGAGCCGGAGGCAAGCAGCUGAGUAAGUGUCUAAUAAUCAACAGUUAACGUUAGGAAUGUUGACCUCGGUUUAGAACUGGAAGCUGUACACAUAAAGGGAAGACCACACUUUUCCGGCACCUACGAUAAAAUGUUACAUAUCUCAAUUGAAGUCUUUACACCCAAACAUCGCCUUCUACUCUUAGUAUUGAUCUCGUUAAAUUCCUUUCUUUUGUAUGUAAUGAUCUUGUCCUUUCUCAAUGUAUUAAUUUUCAAGCAAAUAUAUAUAUGUAUAUGCUUUUUCUCAUGUUUAUUAUUUUAUGUUAUAUAUAUAUAAACUCUACUCAACCUAGAUUAGCUAUGCUAUUUGCGGUGUACAGUUACCUCUCUUGCAUCAGUUAACUUUCAUCAGUUAGUUAAUAAUAGUUGAUAGUUAAUAAUAAAUAUCAGUAUCCAUAUUUCCCAUACUCUUCUCCUGAAUAAUUUGCUUUUAUGCUGAGAACGAGAAUUUUUUUAACAGUCAAAGCUUCUGAGGUUGGCGAUCUUUUCCUUUAUUCUCAUGAUCUUAGUAUGAUUCAGUAGUAAUAUUUGUAGGAGAAAUCAGUGACGAGCAUGUAACUUCUCCCUACAAUAUCCAGUCAUUAUCCAACAAACAGGUGAUGAGACUACUCAAAUUUAUCAGGCUGUUACCUAUAUCUAAUACCAAAUUCUCCUAACUGAUUCACAAUUAAAAGUGUAGCUGCUAUAGGGGAGAAUUAGAAGUCAGAUCUUGGGAAUUAAAUGGUUAAAGCUAUUUCAAAGGGGAGCGCUUUUAAAGCUAUUUCAAAGGGGAGCGCAUUUCGAAAUAGCUUUAAACUGAGCGUAACCAUUAACCUUUAAAACUUAAAGACUGACAAGCAUCUAAUUUUUCUUUACAAUAUUACUGCUGAAUCAUCAUGGCAUAGCUAACGAUGACUAAGGGUUCUCAUGUAGCAAGAUGUAGUUUAUACAUGUUCUGUAUGUUCACACUCAAUGAUCUUAGUUUGCUACUCGUGUUAGCUUACAAGCUAGUCCUCAUUAUUACCGCUGCAAAUCGCGCAUUUUUCCGCCCGCGGGAAGAUUUGAGACGAGUCGGGGAAAGGUCUGCCGGAGUCUGGCGCUGAUUCAUCAUUAUCAGUCCCGGACCCCUUACAGACCUCUCGCUGGCUCGCGUUGCUCCAGGCCUCCAUACUUUCCUGCGGGUGGGGAAACGCGCGUCCUGCAACGCUCUUAAUAGGGGCCUGCUCGUAAGAUACCCUGCUUGUUAACAGGAAAAAUAGCCUUUUUUUUGGAUAUGUAGUCAACUGAAAAUCACCUUGAUAUAGAAUUUAUUGUUUUUACUUUUUUCUCUUUUGUCGUCUCGUAGUUCGAGGACUUACCGACUACCUUUUAAUCCGCCUCCCUCUGAAAUAUUCUUUAAUUCGGUAAGUUGACAGAGGCUAUCGAUCUUGUCACAUUUCAUGAGUCACUACCGUUCGAUUUUAGAGGUAGUGACAGGUUCUAGGUCAUUGGUGACAAACUUAGAGACGAUCAAAAACGAAAAAUUUAUUAAAGGUUUGGAAAGGAAACGCGCAUCUUGGCACGGGCGAGGACCUCCCCCGCGCGUGCCGGUCUAAAAAUAUCUUUUUUAAAAUUGUUUUCGAAAGUGCUUUACGCAGCCCACUAUUUAAAGGAAGAAUAUAUACGUUCUGAAAAUUUUACGGGAAAUGUCACAGUUCAUUAGGAAUAAAAUAUUAACACUGAAAUCGAUGGUCGAAUAUUCAUUUUUGGAAAACGCUGUCCAAGGUACGAAUUGCCGGUUGGUUAUGGAUAUUUUGACAAUUUAUAUGUACCCUACACAUGAACAAGUGCGUCGCACAUUUUGACUUUUUGACACAGUUAUCUGCACUCGCCUCCCAACAUAUGGUAACCUGAAUGUAGGCUGGCUAAUUUGGUUUUAUUGAUUGAGUUGAUAGCGUAAAUUGGCCACCGUAAAUAGUUUCUAUAGCUGACGUUUCGAGCGUCAGCCCUACGUUAAAGCGAAUUAUUCGCUCUGAUAAAGGGUCAACGCUCUAAACGUCAGCUUUAGAACUCUUUGCGGUGGUUAAUUUACAUUAUCAACUCAGAUGAUCAAACCAAAUUAUAUUGUUAUAUCUCCAACCACAGUUUCUUUAGAAACUUACCUUCUUGAUUCAUUUGAAUGUAGGCUGGAAAGGAAAAAAUGAAAACGGAAAUAACGAUUUUUGUUAUCUUUAUGACAGACCCUACCACCCAAAGGAGAGCCAGGAAAUCCGGGACGACAGGGAUUAUCAGGCCUCCCUGGAUUUUCAGUAAGUAUUAUCGUGUGAAUGUUUAUCUUAUGUUCGCCUCGAGGCGGUCAUUAAUGGAAAGCCAUACGCGAGAGGAGAAGUGCGCAAAAAUAAAAGGGGAAUCUGUCUACUCGCACGAAUACGCAAACUGAAAAAAAAUUUACGCCUAUUGUGCAGGUGUAUUAUGAUUAUAAUCAGACAUUUAUUCUUCAUCCGUUUCUGAUGGCGAACUUUUUACUCAAGAGAUAAUUUGCUUCCUUCGUCAGAAGGAAUGACGAAGGGCUAACGCUCGAAACGUUAGCUCUAUAAACCUUUUACGAUGGUUAUUUUACAUUAUCAACACAGUAAAUAAAAACAAAAUGAUCUUGUAAUACCCCCACCGACGCAGCACCACAGUUUUUUCAAAAACUUCCCCUCGUUUCAUGUGAAAGCUUUCCUUCGACGCCUCGUUACUGCGGGCAAAGAAACAACUGUGAUGGUUCAGGUUCCCAAAUGUCUAAGGCCUGGUUUCCAUAUAAUCAGCCGGAUCGUCUCGAUCGCCUCGGUUUUCAAGACGAUUUGAUACGAUUCGGGCGUUUACAUGGAAAUCAGGCCUGAGCUCAAAAUUUGACGUAUUGUGUUUAUACCAAUCCUCCGGGUCGUUUAUGAUUUCUUGGCCUGGUUUUCGUUUAGCCUUUCCGAAUGCUUGAGCAUUUUCUGGAACGAUCGAGGUGAUACAAAAGAAUAGAAGGAAACCAGACUUAAAGAAAUCUGUCUUUGAAUAUAAAUUGUGAUACCAUCUUUUACCUUGGGAGCCUACAUUAUGAUGCAUCUUUGAAUCUGAUGCUUCAUCUUUGGAUUAGAUUUAAUAAACAAAAACAAAAAAAAGAAAAAAUUUGCAAGCAACUAGAUAUAAUUACGCCUUGCGCGCUUUCCCAAGAAGACGACUACCACUCAAGCCAACGAGAUUUCCUUUGUAGGCAUGUCAAUCAGAUGAAGCCUAGAUCCCAAGCGUUCUCGACUUGUUUUAGCCUGGGCCCCUCGUGGGCCUUGACACCAUCUCGCCAAGUAAGUAAGGUGUGGUCUCUCGCUCAAUUCGUCUCAGAAUUUGUGCGCGCAACGGGGCUAAGCGAACGCAAGUGAAGAGGCUACUACCGAGGAAUUUAAGUUGGUCUUGAAGCAGUUACAGUCUUUAUUAUGACUAAAUUUGUAAAACGACCUUAAGUAAAACAGCCCUUAGCGUCUGUAGUGGUUAAAAUGUUUCCUUUUUUUUUACAGGGUUCACCUGGUGACCCCGGAAGUCCAGGAGUUAUUGGAAAACCGGUAUGAUAACAUUUCGGAUGGAGAUAACUAAAACUGAAUUAUGGGAAGAAGACAAAAAAACGCAGUAGCACUUUAUGAUCGAUUACUUUUAAGCUUAGCGCUUGUUUGCUGCAAAUAGGAAUUAAAGUUAGCUUCUUGAUUUUCUGCUUUCUUUCUUUUACAUUCACUAACGUUUUGAAAUUGUGAUAUACUGGAUCUUGAGUUCAGCAAAUAUAUCUCCCACACGUAUGCAACAUCUCAAACUAUAACUAGUUGGUAUAAUGUGCCAAUUAACUAGUAAAUCAUUCACAGCGUAAGUAUCAAACGUGCAGAGAAAUCUUCUGACCUCCAUUUUUUCCAUUUAUAGGGGAAUAUCGGAUCUCAAGGAGGCAAGGGGCCCCCGGGUCCUCCCGGAGGUGCAGGUCCGUCGGGUAUUACACUUAUCGGGGUAAGUGCUGAGUAGCUGGUAUGAAAAACGAUUUUUCUGCUUUUCGUACUUUGCAGGAUUAAUUCGAUUUUUGAGGUCGAUCCAUGCUCCAUGGAGAUCACCCUGAUCACAUGCGUAAGAACAAGUCUUACCUCAUCGUUGAGUGAAAAAUUCAUUUUUAGUGAGGCUCUGCUGUCCAAGCGGAAAAUGUUUCGCUAAUAUAUUAUCGUGUCUGGGUGUCAUGUAUAACAUUCUACAACACCAUAAUAGAUUUCUCAAUGAACUGACGUUGUUUUGUUACCUUAACUUGCUUUAUCAAAAGUUUGUUUUAUUUUUUUUCGCGUGUUCGCGUCACGGACUCGUCCUGUCGCUCGAUUACACUCUUGGUUCUCAGAUUCUCUUCUAUCAAAUAUUUUGAUUUACCCUGAACAAUCAGUUGAUCAUCAUCAAACGUAAGCUCACCAAACUUGUUUGAGUGCCUGAGAUUUCCCUAUCGACAGGCUUGAAAUUCCUUGCUCUGUAUUAAUAUCUAUACAGUGAAUAGCGCAGUAGAUUUUGUAAGCACAUCCACUUGAUAGCGUUUCCAUAACGUAAAGCGUUAUCCGCCCUUUGAACAUUUGGAUCAAGGCUGAUGACAGGUUAUCGUCGUUGGGUGUUACUGUGUCGUCACGCAACUUUUCCUUCUUAUGGUUUGAAUCUUGCGUGAUGAGUGACAAGUGAAAGAAAUAGUAUUCAGCUAUUUUAGGGAAUGUUUAAAGCUACUCUUGUCUAUUGUUUGAUUAGGCACCAGCAGGAACACUCUUGUCACAGGAUGAAAUUGACCAGAUCGUGCAAAUUUGGCAAUCUAUGCAGCGACAAAAGGUUUGUCAACAUUCUUCAGUCCCACAGAGGGGGGCUGGUUUUAUGUCAAUGUGUCGCACCAUAUAGAGCGUUUUCCGAUUAAGUGUCGUUAGGAAAAAAAUCAAAUUUAUCAUACGGCCAAUCAGAAGAAAGGAAGAUACCCUGAAGAGCCAAUGAGAACUCAAAGUAAAAACCAGCAAACCGCCUAAAGCGCGGGAAAAAAUGCGAAUGACCAAGACGCGAUUGGGUUUAGUUUCAACUACGAUCGAUAGUGACGCGAGUUUUCUGGACCAAUCAUAAAGCGAAGAAAAAUGUAACCAAAACAAUCCCGGCUCAUUUUCGACACUAAGUUGGAAAAAGCUACAUUUGAAUAUAUUAAUUUCUUUUGAAACCGCGUGAUGUCUUUGUUGUCAGGAAAGGUAAGUUUUUCAUUGGACCUUGUUAACAAUCAUGUUUUUACAGCUCUCUAAGCUCACAUACUGACCUAUUUUCACAAAACCAAUCUCAAGGCGUAGAAGCGCACAAUUUUUUACGAUUUUUAAUAACUAAAGGCGGUCUGACUUCGUCUCUCUCUUAUGUUUCAUGCACUACUUAUAUCAAUAGCAGAGAUUGUUAUUAAAAGUUAAUGGAUAUUGUUUGGAAGUAUCGCGGUGCUCAAAGCGUUCUAAUCUUCUUAACGUUCGAACAACUAGUAAUUUCUGUCUAACAGGUGAACAGGGUGCAGCUGCUGGAAAAAAUUCCUCUGAUAUAAAAACAAACGUAAAAGAUGGAACGAAACUACCACCUGGUGUAAUUUGUUACGAAUUUUUCUUAUCUUUGAAGGGAACUUAUGGAAGGAUAGGUGCCGCAGGUCUUCCAGGAGAGCCGGGAGAAACUGGUAACCAGGUAGGGCCUAAGUAUCAAAUUUACACGCGAUUUGGACUACUAUUCGUUUGAUAAGUUACGUUCGUGUUCUUUAAGUUACGGGAAAAAAAUCCACCAAUAUCCUGUUUUUGUUAAUCUUGCUAUCACCUAAGCGUAAUUUUGUGUUACCCGUGAACGGGUAAAAAAUGUCCUUGUUUUUCUGCCUAAUCUAUGUCAUGUUUAUAUCAUUUUUAAUAGACAUAGUAUAAAUUUGUUCAAUGCCGUAGUUAGUUCAUGAAAUUUCCUCUGACGUAGACGAGCGUCUUGAUGUUCCAUUAUAAUAUGUUUUGUGUCCAAGAAAGGACACACGUGGACACUGUUUGCGAUUUAAAUCUCUGCUUGUUUCCAGGGCCUUCAAGGAGAACGCGGAGAACGUGGUCCUAAGGGAAAUCAAGGAGAACAGGUGGGUUGUGUGUAUGACACGAGGGGAUAUUCCGUUGACACGUUUGUAAUGCAACACUAAGUUGACUGGAGGCAGUUAGAGUGCAUUUCGGUUGAAUGUUAUUAAACUAAAAUCUAAAUGAUCACGAAGCCCAUUGAAACAAAGGAAAGUAUCACAUGGGGCAAGACUGAAUUAAAAGGAAGUCUCCCUGAAGCGCAAGAAAACGCGACAGGCCAAAUCCCGGUUGAUUUAACCGUUAGAUCUGAUUGAUUAAAAAAGAGGAGUUAGUUUUCUGGACCUAUCACUAUUAUGUUUAACACUCAGUUGAAAAUUGUUUAAACGCACUGAAAGCGGAAUUGGGCGAAACAUCAUCCACACUGGUUCUUAAGGUUGUCCUGCAAUUUUCCAUGAAAUGGCAAAAGGACAGCUGCGAAGUAGACCAGCCUGAGUGUCGAGUGAACAAAUUUACUUAGAGGCAGACGUCUGUUUUAGUUCCCAUGUUUAAUUUUCACCGAAAUUUUUAUAGGUCAUCUCUUGAGCGCACAUCUUUCUGGUCAAUUUACUGAUGAAAAAUUGCGCAUUUAGCAUGAUCGAGUUGGGUACCACGAAUGUUAAGUUCUAUGCUGAUCAGCCUUUUAAUCUUAUCUUAACCAUCCCUCUCAUUAUUGAACAAUGCAGCGCCUGUUCGGGGCAGGGAAGUUACUUUCGCUGCGAUGUUUGUUUGUUUCUAGGGUAUCACAGGUGAUGUCGGACCGACAGGAGACCCAGGGAGACCUGGAAAGGACGUAAGUAUCUUACCUUCAAUAAGCUUGCGUUCAAUAAAAUGAAUGUUGUUGUAAAUUAUACAUAGUUGACUUCCUUUUCAGGCAUUUUACUUUUUGCCACAAAAUAUGCUAUUAAAACAUUUUGAAGAAGAUCAUUUAGACGACUGCGUUACAUGGCAACAGCACAGUACGCCAGACAGUAAAAAUUGAGUGAUCGAAACAAUUUAACAGCUGCAGGCUUCUCUUUUGAGUGUUGUAAAACAGAAACCAAGGAAGUCGGAACGAGGUAGUAGUAAAAUAAAAAUGAAAAUGCUGAAGGAGUUUAUAAGAAUUUAAGCUAAAAACAAAUAAACUUGCAGAAGCAAGGUUUAAAGGGGGUAACCAACAAGAAGCCGUUUAGACCGCAGGAAAAUCGUGUAUGGACUCGAAAAAUAUAAAGAAAGUAGUAAGGACCCAAGUUUUUUUUUUUUCACGUUUUGGGGUCAAAGACGCCUAUGGCCCCAAACCGUAAAAAACACAGGUACGCAUCCAUCCUAGCAAAAUUUUAGGAUUAGUACUCCUUUCUUGGUGGGUCCGGAUCGUACCCGGUUUUUCCUUCUGUUAAAACGGCCUUCAAGUGGCGAUGUUGUAGUUUUUGUCUGAUCGGUUUAGCAUUGAAGCAUUUCAGCAUUGAAGUCUCAUUUUACAUUUCUGAGAAUCCACUAUCACAUGUUUAUUAUUACCAACACAACAUUUGAUAUCUCUGCGAAAUAUGUCAAUAUACACUCUUGGCUCCCUUUGUGUCUUUAAUGGGGUUACUUUGACCGUGAAUCAAAUGAGUAAAAAUUUUAAGCAUCAGAUAUAGCCGUGAAGGAGAACGGUGUUUGUUCAAAGCCUUCCACGUCGACAUCAACAUCACAUUCCUCGUCUGUGGAGCUCUUUCCUUCUAGAGCGACGCUCCUCGGACAAUCCAUACUCUCGAGACCUUUUUCCAUGAAGAGAACGUCAGUGUCAUAAACGAAUGUAAAACUGUGUUUGAGAUCUUUGUUGUGUUGAGCUAGAGGCAAGCUAUCGAGCAUGAUGCUGUCUGUGUGGUACCCCUCGUUUUGGCUACCUUCAGUUUCGUCACCUUCCAUUGCGAUUUUUGUAAAACUAUUCAGAUCGUCUUGUGGACGUGUCAUGUCUUGCAGGUACCCCAAAUAACCAAUUUCUCCACUGAGCAGCUGGUUUUGAAGACGGAGCUCUUCAAGAUCGUCCGCAUAUUCUGCAACCCUCUCCUUUGCCGUUUUUAUAUACACGGCUGUUUCUCUUAAGAUUCCGGACCGUGAUAGUUUCUUGUUGUCUGAUACCAGAGAUGGCACUGAUUUGCGAAGGCUUUCGAAGCAACCUCGAAUAACGCCUCUCCUUUGUUGUUCCAGUGCAUUGUGAUGCGCUCUUUUUCCUAGAGAAUUUCUCGAUUUCAGUUUCGUGGGAGGCUGUGUCUUCCUUUUUGAAAGGAAUUUGUUUUGCUGCAUGUGAGGUGAACAAGACUCCAUACUUUUGGUACAUUCAUUCAUAACUUAAACCGCACCGUUUGCUGCAGAGAGAGAUGCGAUAAACAAGUGGAAUAAUGCGACUUCUUGCAAGUUAUGCAAAAUCGUGCGUUUUGCAAGUCAACUUGCACGUUUGCACGAGAUUUUAGUUUGCUAAUUAGGUCUUAAUUGCGUUUUGAAUUACCGAUUGAUUUCGAGCGCAAAAUUCAGGAUAAACAUUAUCUGUCCUUAACUGCUCUCAAAAAUCUAGGAUGGAUUAUUUACGUUUUUUUUUUAAAUAAUUUUUCUAUGGAAAGGCUUGCAUAAUAAAUUUCAAACGAAGUACUCAACUGAAACGUUAUGAAAAUAGAGAACUUGGCACGAGGAUUCCUCGAGCUUUAAACGAAGAGUAGCACUGGUGACUGAAUCUUUGACAACAUGGCGGACAUUUAUAUGCCUCAAUUUUGCUGUCUUAAAAUUACGUUGGAAAAAAUGGCCUUCUUGAGAAGAAACACAUGAUUCUGUUCAUGAAAGAACCGGUGCAAUGUUAGAAAUUUGGCUGCCUGUACCCCAAUAUGUAGAGAAGGUGAUGGUAUGUGGAAAAUAUCUUGGCAUCUUUGAGGGGAAUUCGGUCGAUAUCUUACAUUUGUUAACCUGAAUUGAUAACUGGUAAAAUUUCCGCACAACGGCCCCAUACUACAUUAUGCAUUCAGUUCUUGGAUAGAGAAAACAAUGACAAAAACAAUACAUUGCCAUUGGGAAAACAGAUUUGUUUUACAAUAGUAUAGGGCUGUGCGGAAAUUUUACUCAAAUCUUCCCCAGAUACGGAAAUUUUACGAGGUGCCUGUGUUCAUGAGUUAAGAAAAUUUGUUGUUCAAUGCUACGUCGCAGUGAUCACCUACAGAUAUUAUAAACAUGGAAUGGAUUAGUUCUUUGGCUAUCUUCAGGUGUAUUAAGAUUAAAUUAAAGAAGGGAAUCUAAAUUUUUUUUGUAAAUUAAAGGCUCAAGUGAAGUAUGUAAAGUUUCAUGACUGAUUUAAAAUCAUGAAUUGCGUGUACAACUUUUACAAUGUAUUUUUUCCAUUAUACUCUCAGCAAAAUAAUUUUCCUGCACUUCCCUGUACAUCUUUGUUGCACAUUACAAAAAAUAAAACUGUUGUUAAAAUGAUUUGAUUAUUUUAUGCUAUAAUUUUCACAAAUACCAAGAGUUUUUUUUUGCAAUAGUUUAAAAAUUAACAUUUAAUUAAAAUUUUUCUUAUUGUUUUGUGUGUAUUUACAGAUUUUUAUACCAUUGUAUAUAUAUAUAUUUUUAUAGUAUUGUUUGAUAUUUAGAUAGCAUGUAUAUUCUUACUGUCGUUAUUAUUAUUAGUAGUAUUAUUUAUAUUUAUUUUUGUAUUAUGCAUUGUAUUUAUUUUAGGAUCCUAUUCACCAGGGCUCCUAUUUAUAGCAGAGUCAUACAUUCUGAUGGGACUACCCUGGUGUUGGGAUUGUUUUUUAUUUAUUUUAAAUAAAGUUGUCAUUCAUUAACAUGUUUUAGUUAUUUUGUAAGGCCUAAAUUUCAACAAAGUGCCAUACAAAAAUUGGAUAUUACACUCCAUGUGAUCUAUUCAUGCAAUUGUCUUUGAUCAAGAUUGAGGUAUUCUGUGCUGUAUACAGAAAAUGAAAAAACACAGAAAUGAUCUGAGAACUUUUUUGUUUCUACAUGUUUGACUUUACCGCUUUUUUCAGGGACCAGAAGGUUCCGUUGGUGAUCCAGGACCUGUGGGACUAUCAGGAGAAAAGGUGAGACUUUCUUCGCUGCAUACAGCUGUAUAUGGAUGGAGUUGAUGGAUUAGGGAAAGAAAUGGAAAAUCCUUAUUAGGAUUUUCUAAGGUCACUUCAGAAUGUCUGCUCAAAAAUAUGGUUCAGAUGAAUGAAAAAAUACUGUAGAAACUGUAUGCUUACUUAGAGUAAAAUGUAAAUCUAAGCUAGGCAGUAUCUCUUAUAUGGGGCAAAGUUGUCACAAUGGAUAGCAACUUGUUCAGGGCAAAACCUUCAGUUACCUUUGGGCAAGGUUGACAGUUGCUGUAUAGAAGCAGAUUUUUGGUAUCAAGUUUUCUAAACAAGUCUUCUUAAAGGCAUCUGGAAUUGGAGAUUGAAUAGCAGAGUAUCUUGCAGAGCAAAUAAUGAAGGUCACUGACUCCCUGUUUAUGUUUACAACCCUCUUAUUGUAAUACAUGAAUUUUCUGAAGGAAUUACUAUCUGAAAUGCAUAGAAAACAUUCACUCUGAGUUGCCCGCUGCUACCAUGAAUUUAUCAAAUGAAUGCUAAAUCGCUAGACUUAUGUCCUGAAUGGAUUCAAGGAGUGUGCUAUGAGGCAUGUUAAUUUUUCAUUUUAAUCUUCAGUAUAGCACAUGGCAGUGCAUGCAUUAAUAAUAUUACUGCCAGUUAGUGUGCAUUAUUGUAUUAAGUGGGUGUUAUUAUUCAGAUCUCUUUAAAAAAGCAGAAAAAUUGGAAUAUUAUCAAAAGCUAAUUGAUAUUUUUGCCUUUUUUAUCCAGGGAGAUCAAGGCCCAAGGGGUAUGUUUGGUAUGAUGGGACGAAAGGGUACAAGGGUAGGUAUAUCUUUAUUUAUUUGAACAAUUAAUAAAAUCUUGGUCAUGUUUUCAGGAUUUCAUGCUGCAACCAUUUUGGUUGCUACAUUUAGUUAGAAAGAAACCUGGGGCUAAAUUUAGUUGAGGUUGCACUUAUGACAACCUUGGGCAGCAGUGACAAGCUCUAAUUAUAGGGGGGGGUCAGAGGGCUCUCCUGGGCAUAGAUAUCUUUAGAAACUCUGUUUGGUGCCAAACAAUCUUUUCUUGUGUUUCCUCUGACCGCCUUUGUGGUUUGAAAACUAUAGACAGAAUUGAGAAGUACAUCCUAAAAUUUUCUUUGUUCUCAGUAUUCAUUGUAUUAUCUUUUUACUUAGCAUUUCUAUCUUUUAAGGAAGUUGUUUUCUCUUUGAUAAAUUUUCACUAUCUUAGCUGUUUCUGUUUUGUAGGGGAAAAGAGGCAAGCAAGGUGCAAAAGGACCAGCUGGCUUGCAGGGUGAAAAGGUAUAGUCUAUCUUUUAUACAUAUACAUGUAAGACACAACUUUGUUACCCAAGGGAUUCGCUUUUUGUUGUGUUUGUAUGAGCAAAGUAGCUCUUGAUUUAUUGAUUACACAUUCUUCAACAAUUACAGAAGGUCUGUAUGAACCACAUUGUUACUUUGAAAUUUAAGACAAUUUAGCAGGGAGUGUAUCUCCCUUUGUGAGGAAAAGUUUUUUGGCAAUGACCCUUGGAGAUUUGUUUGCAUUUACAUGUGUAAAGGAAUGUUAAUGCUAGAAAAGAGCAACAUCUUUUCUGAUUGUGCUCCCAUAAAUUAAAAUUCGUUAGUGUCUCUAAAUAGAAAUUUGUCUAAAUGGUUUUUCUCUUUUGCAAGGGGGAACAAGGAGCACCAGGACCCAAUGGAAUAAAUGGUGCUAUGGUAUGUUCAAAUGGGAUUGGUUGAAUAUGAAAAUAAAAUAAAAUUAUAGCGUGAUAACAUUUUUUACCUUAACUCUUAGCAGCUCUCUCAAACAAUAAUAAAUUGUGUGAGCUAUUUAUUCUGUUCAUACCAUUUGAAUGGAAAAACCAUAAAUGGGACUCACCUAUACCCUGAAUAGAAACAUCUGUGGUACACCUCUCUCAUUGUGUGAUGAUUGUUGUGAUGCAUGACUGUUGAAAUUGCCUUUAUUUUUACAUAUGGGGAAAAAUGCCCUGUUGCUGUAACCAAUAAUAAGGGCUUGCUCCCAGACUUUUCUUAGGAAAUGUUUCCAUUAUGAAAAUGGUCCUACAUCCUCUGAAAUUCCACUCAUUCUGGAAAUUCUCUAGAAGAAUAUUCCAACAAAAAAAGCAACAACAACAACUAUGUGUGAUUUUUAUCACAAACAGAAAUUACACAAUUUUGCUUGCAAUCUGAAACAUCCUCAUUCUCUCAUGAACUUUAGUUGGUAUAAUAUAUGCCCUGUAUUUAUCUAGUGUAUUAUUUAAUUCUGUAUAUACUGUCAGAGUCAGGUUAAUACUUACAGGAAUGUAAAUAUUGGAACUAUUGAUGAAAAUGAUUUAUUUUACUUCUGAAUACUCCUUUGUGCAUCAUGCAGGGUCAACCUGGUAGGAAAGGAGGAAGAGGGCCAAUGGGUGAUCCAGGCUCAAAGGUAGGUUCAUCCAAAUUUAACUUUGGAAAGCAUCAAGUUGUUUAUAGUCUAGGAUCCUUAAAAGAAUAUCUCAUGCAAAGGUGUUGAAUCCAUAUAGAAAAUAAUGGAAAUAAUAUACAAUGUUACUUAAAGAAAUAUGUAAUAGCUGUUGAGAACUCUUUUCACUGUAGUAUUUUAUAGGCUGUUUUAUGAAUUCUUCAAUACAUGCACAAUUGUGGUGAGAUGGCAAGUGAAGAAUUGAUCCCGUCCUAGGUUUUUCCUUGCUGGGAAGGGUGUGGCUACACAUAGGCUUAUCUUAACCUUUUGUUUUACUGUUAUGUUACACAGGGUUUACCAGGACCAAUAGGUCCUUCAGGACCUCGAGGGCCUAAGGUAGAGUGAAAAUUAGUAUAUUAGUUAUGUUUAUCCUUUAACUUCCAUGAUCUACUCGGUAAUUCUCCCUACUCUAAGUUAUAUAUUUCCCUAUAAAUAAGACAAAAGAAUAUGGUCUUGUAUCAAAAUAAGACUCUCUAGCUGAUAGGCUAGUCUGAUCUCAUAAACUGUUUGCAAGAUCACUUAUACCGGCAAAUGGAAUUGUGAGGUAAAGUUAAAUGUCAAUCACGUCUAGAAGUUAAAGGGCUAAUUAAUUAAUAAAUAAAUGAUUAAUUAAUAGAAUAGUAAGAUAAUUGUUCAGUAAAUGGCAAUAACUAAGCUUUUUACGAACAUGUAAUGCAACAAAUUGAGAUGUCAUGGCAUUUUUCUCAGGGAGCUGUUGGGACACCUGGACAGCAAGGCGUCAGUGGAGCAAGAGGACCAAGGGUGUGUAUUCUACCCUUCAUGUAUUAAUGUGUAUAUCAAAUGCCCCAUUCACACCAAAGCUUAAACAUGUUUAAAAGUUGUUUUGUUAAACACAGUUUAAUUUUUUUUUUCUUCAUAGAAACUAUUUAACCGAAUAUUUUUGACUUGAAUGUAGCACAUUGGAAAUGCAAGUUAGCAAGUACUUGAAUCCUAUGGAAAAUCAAGUUUUUCAGUUCUCUGUUUAUAAUUUUCAUUCAAUGAAAACCAGUUUAACAAAACAUGUUUUGCUGGUGUGAAUGGGGUAAAAGAUUGCAAUAAUAUGUUUUAGUUUCUAUUGAUUUACACACCCUUAACCUGUCGGUGUUUUCAGUUACCAGGAUGAAUAGGAAAAAUUUCAAAGACAGAAAUUGCUGUAGAUAUUGCUGAUUUGUCACUGUGUGUACAGUGGUCAAGUUGUAAGCCAUCAUUAUCACAGCACUUCCCCUCUUUGCUCACCAUUGCAUUAAAUUAAAUAUGCAUAUGGAAUCUUUAAGACAGGUGAUAAUAGCCACUACAAUAACUUGUCAUAAUAAACAGAUGAAAAUUAAAGUUGUUUAAAGCAUUAUGAGACAAGGAAAAUUUUGAUUUCCAUCAUACAAAUGUACCAGUAAUUGUAUGUACAUCUCUUGCUCUUUACAAAAGAAUAAGACAUCUGACAUGAAAGUGAGCUAUGGAAAACUGUUGUGAAAUUUAUCAUCACUUAUAGUGACUUGAUUUAAUUUAAAUAUUUCCUUGGUCAUCUAUGAUCAGAGCCUGUUUUAUUUAAUCUUUUUAAUGUGUAUGUUUAUUAGUUUGUUUGUUUGUUUUUCAGGGUGACCCUGGUGUAGAUGGCCCUUCAGGUGAAAUGGGUCCACCUGUAAGUUACAAACCAACUUUACUUUUCCUUGAUUGUUGCUGUGAUACUCCUGAUAGAAAAUCAGAUAACUUAAGUUGCUGGAGAACAUACUCUUUUCAUGUUAUGAAGGAAACUUAGGGUUUGCUAAAUUUUGUCUUAGGGUGCACCAGGAGCUCAAGGAACCCAGGGAGUGCGAGGGAAUCCUGGAAAUCCUGUGAGUACCAAGAUUAGGAUUGAAUCUUUGUAAUGAUUAUUUUGAAAUUGGAAAUUCUUUUAAAAAUGAUUUCUCUAUUUCAGGUGAAUGUACACAUAAUAGCUUACUGCAGUGAUGUUUAAUUUGCUGUUUUACUUUUGACAGGGUAUGCCUGGACCUGAUGGAGUUCCUGGUGAAAAAGGCGAAACUGUAAGUCUACCAAAUAGACAUUUGGUUACUUUAUAUUUCCUGAUUUUUUUUUAAUGUAUGACUUUGUAUCUUGGGGCAGAGUAAUCAGUUGAACAAUGGAUAUGUACUUGUGUAAGAGUUUUUUAGUAUGUUUGGUGUGAUUGAUUCAUCUGGACAGUUCUGAUUGUUAACAAAAUUCUCUCAAUGUUUUGGCCAGUCUGCCAAGUCAAUUAUAGUUUCUUUUUGGUGAACUAGAUAAUUAUGGGGUUUGAGAAAUAUCCUCAUACAAACAUGUAAAUGCUGAAUCAAUUAAAAAAUAUGCCAACACGAGAAAAAAUAAAUUUAUGAAUGUAAUUUGAAGCUUUUCUGUGACUCCAUCACCUCUCUCAAGGUUUAUCUCUUGAAGUAAGAUCAAUUAAGUACAGAUCCAAUGGGUAGUUUCAAUGUAAGAUAAUUCUUUAUUCUUCAGGGACCACCAGGCCCACCGGGAGCUCAGGGGUCACAAGGAGACCUGGGACCAAAAGUAAGAUAGCGUUUCAAUGGAUUUUUCUUUUAGAUAAUUCCAUGAUUUCAAUAACAAUUUUAGGUAUGCUCUUUGAACAUAACCUGAUGUUUUCCACAUAAUUGGUAUGCAAAUCCCUAAUUAUGAGGUCUAAAAGCAAGAUUCAACAACUGAAAGUGAAUAAAUCUCUCCCAUUCAUGUCUUAAGGUUAUAUUCUUUUUGAUACUCUUGUGAUAACUGUUAUGAUUAUAUAUUGUAAUUGAAUGGUUGAAGUUAAGAAGGAGCUCCCAACCUAAAUUGCAGCACAUUUGUCUCAAUUUUUGAUUCUAGGUCCCUUUGGUAAUUUUAGUUUCUUUGGUAACUAUUUUCCUGUACUAAUUUUGUUAUGCUUUAGGGUGUAACUGGACCAACAGGAAGGAAAGGACAGAGAGGAGUGGCUGUAAGUAUCCUAUGAACUAAAAAAAAAUAACUUACAAAUGUACUUAUAAUUUUCUAAAAUAGCUGGUUACAGGGCAGUUGGCCACCUCUCGUGGCCUCUUAAUGCCCUCUAUUAAGAAUUUGUUCUCAGGAUUCAUAGGAGCAUAGCCCCAUUUUCCUCUGGUGGGAUGGACUUACUAUUGAAACACCUUCUACAGUAUAAUGGCCAACUUCAACCUUGAAGAGUACCUAGUCAACUUCAAGCUUAUUUUCUCUUCAUCAAAGAUUUAAAAGAUACUAAUGGAUUGUUUAGUGUACAUAUAUUUACUGUGUAUGAACAUUAAUUUCAAGGGAAAGUAAUGUCACUUUUUGCUUAGUUACUUGAGGCCAUUGAAACUAAAGGAGGCCAUUGAAACUAAAGUAGGUACACUGAGACUGAUAGCUGUGGUUCUCUUGCUUCUGUAAACUUGCCUCAGUAAACUUAGAGAAAGAUCAUAUCUAUUUUGAGGUCUUGUCAUGACAGGGUUAGCAUGAGUGUCUCAUCAUCUUUUGUUUGAUAGGGUGAGAGAGGAGUGGCUGGGGUCAAAGGAUUUCCAGGCCUACCAGGAGACAGGGUAAGCAGUACAGUUUAUCACACUACCUUCUCUCCCCUCCCUCUUGUAAAAUGACAGUGUUAGUAUGAAUAGUCAUUUAACAGAGUGUAGGUGGACUUACUUAGUUUAAUUGAAAUAUUUAAAGUUGCUGUUGGUCUCUUUUCCCUUCUCAGUUUUUUCUGUUUCCAAUUUUCUAAGUUUGACAAAAACCAAAUUGAUGCUCUUCAGCUUCUAGCACAAAUUUACUUAAACAACCAAAAUUUAAAUUAAAUUUGUAUACAAAAUGAAUGGUAUCACAUUAAAAAGACUCUAUUUAUCUAGUUGAACAUGGAAGUAGUACUCACAAUCCUAAAGAGAGAAGGGUGUUUGAAAUGUACCUUUUCAUUCCCAAGUUCUUGAUAUCAACACUCCAUAUUGCCUGCUAUAUGUUUUGUUGUUAUUGUUUCCCAGAGAAUUUGGUGUUGUGUCUUGACCUCUUUCUUCUACAGCAUUUGAUAUUUUUCUUUCUUCUCGUCACCUUCCAGCAUGACAGUUUGUGUUGAUAUUGCUGGGAGAUAUUAUUUAAUAAUUUUUUCACUUUUUGGAUUUAAAGGAUUAUGAAGAUUCACAUUAGAUUUCAUCAUCACAUAGGGCAGGAUUUUUGUAGGUUGCAUUUGUCAAGAGCACAGAGCAUCAUGUCUAAUCCCAUAAAUUUACCUCUUCAUUAGAUUUUGACAAGUAAUGAUUUAUUUGUAAUCCAUUACAGGGAACUGCUGGCCUUCCUGGAGACCCUGGUGUCCCUGGGCCCCCUGGGGCUCCUGUGAGUUACUUUUAUCUUUAUAUCAAUUGGUGCUUUCUUUUUUUUCUCUUUCAUUUAUGCCAAUUCGGCGAUCGAUGUCUGUUUUAUUCUCCUUGAGUAAGCACCCAUCACAAGUAGUCACUGCAUUCUUCAAUGCAUUUCAAACUUUCUUGUUGCAGGGUUGGGUGUUUUGAUCUGUGUCAUGUAUCUCUGCGAUUAGAUGCUUUAUAGAAUUAUGAAUAGCUAAAGAAAUUGCUAGUUUGGUGUUUAACACCAGAAUCUGCUUGCCAUUGAAAUGCACACAUCUUCUCUUAAGUGCAUUAAAUAACCCCAUUGGAAUGAUAAUUCAUUGGUUAUUGUUAGUUAUUGUGGUGCAUUUCCUUCAUCCAGUUUUUUUCUUAAACAUCACAUUUCAUUUUUGCCAGAAUUAAUGUAACUUUCUGUGCAAUUUUCAUUUUUUUUCUUUUUUCUUUCCCUUUUUCUUCUUUUUUUUUAUGUUAAAUCAGGGUGAAGUAGGAAUGCAAGGGCCUCCAGGUGGCCCAGGACCUGUUGGACCAAAGGUGAUUUUUCAAAAACAAACUGAAAUACAGUUAAAGCCCUAAAAGCAGGCAGCCUCUUUUAACUUGCCAGUGGCUGAGGUCUGCAAAUUAUAAAGUGGCAAGUGAUAGUAGUGGACAUGGAUUACUUCUCUCAAUUGGCCUGGAAGGAUUAAGGCAAGAUUUUUCCAGCCAGAUAACAUUGGAUGAACAGUUGUAAAGUACUUAAGCCACUGUUUUGAUAAAAGAAGCACCAUCUCAAUCAAGCCUUUGUUUUUUUGGCUCUUGUGGAAGGUUAUGGACUAUGUUAUGCCCAUCACUGUUGUUCUUUUACACUGCUAGUUGAUCAGGGGUUUAAGUUUUGAAGUAGAUAGCAAAAACUGUAAAGGAGGGGGCUAACGAAAGGUAGAUCUUUACUCUAUAGUGGCUAAUUUGAGAGAAAAUUGGUGGUGAUUUUGCUUCACACAGACAGCAAAUUUUGCCAGAUACUGCCUCUUUUUGAAACACCUAUAUAUGUUUGUAGAAAACACCUUGUGGAUUAUGUAUGUGUAUUGUGUGGUAGCAUUAAUUGUCAGUCAGAAGUUCAUUCUCAAAGAGUGUUUUCUUAAUAGAGUGUCAGUGUCUAUGGAAAACAAGGUACAGGGGAUGCUUCAUGUCAUGUCAGGUCAAAUGCAAACUAAUUGUUCCUUCCCUUGUUUCUUUCCAGGGAGUCAUGGGUACUCAAGGGUUACCUGGAAUGCCAGGAAUGAAAGGUGCAAAGGUGGGUGCUAUGAAUGAUAAGUGAUAAGUCAGUCAAUUUCAGAUGUGCAAAGAAAGCAAUAAAAAAUGAGAUAUGCUCUAUUUGAGAAAAAAUCCAUAAACAUUUACAAUGGUGACUUUUUAUUGUAGGGAAGUACAGGCAGAACUGGAAGAAGGGGAUCUAAAGGUCCCAGAGGAGACAAGGUCUGUUCUCAAGCUACAAUAUGCCUCUUUUAUAGUUGUUAAUAUGUUUGUGAGGCAGUCUUCUGUAAUUUUUUCAUCGGCAGAAGCUAUCUGGGCUGCUUGGCCAAGCAUAUUCCAAUUUAGGCAAAUGAAGCGCUGAGCAAUAACAAGUGUAAAAAUAAACAAAGUCUUGAAGAUUAGAAUUUGAAACCAUAGUUGAGGAACAAAGAAACACUGAGUGAGCCAAAAUACUGACAAACUGACUUAAUAUAUUAAACAAAAUAUCUUUUGCAUUUGAAGACACUGGUCUGGCUGUGCAAUGCAUAGACAUUUAUUCUUUAUUCUUCUGUUGUGAAGGACAUUGGAUAGAAAAGUGUAUAAUAAAUGAAUACAUACAGAAUGAUGGUAUCCCUGCAUCUUUCUUGCAAUUUUUUGUUUUAAUCAUUUUGUUGCAGUUAUUAUUUUAUAAUUUUCUGGGAGAAUUAACACAUGUGAGUCAAAUAAAUCAGGCAUAGAAGUUUGUUGCUUUUUAACACAAAAAAAUUUUGAACACUUUCCAGUAAAAAGUUUUUUUCAUUGUCAGCUUUCCUUUUGGAACAAAAUUGGGACAAAAUGGCACUCCUUGUGCUGGGAAAAUUUUGUUUGAAAAAGCUCACAUUUCAGCCAAACUUUUACUCCAACUUUCAGAGAAAGUUGCAAGAACAAAGAACAAAAUCUGUGCAUUUUGCUUGACUUACUUUUGCUCUAUGCAAUUUACACAUGCACACAAAAUGGCAACUGACAUUUUGCUUUUGUCUAGGGUGAGGCAGGGCCACUGGGUGAGAGGGGAGGUCCAGGCCCCAGAGUAAGUAGUUAUUGUUCAUUUGUUGUAUACUGCUUUGCAUUUGUUUAUCUCACCAGGUAAUUGUCUACAGUGAGUUUUUUUUGUUUUUUUUUUGUAUUUGUAAUUUAAAUCUUUCUUAUCUUCAUUUCAGGGUCCAAGAGGAUCAAAAGGAAGUACUGGUUCCCCUGGUAGAGAUGGGUUUUCUGUAAGGAAGUGUUUUCUUUGAAUUUCAAGAUUAGACUCUGGCUUGAUGGUGCCUGCUUAAAUUUGAUUUUUACUGAUGGCUUUGGACUUUGUCAUCUUAUUUUUACAGUCUUGUGAUUGUUUUAAUGCAUCAACAAUGUUAAGUGCUUCCUGUUGAAGUGACUAACAUUUUUGGGUGGAAAUCAUCAAACUCAAGAUUUCAAAUAGCUAUAAGCUUAAUUAAAAUCUUACCAGUGUGUCAUUUUCUGGUUAUCAACAUAGUUGGUUGGUAAGGUUCAUAGCCUGUUCCUUGCCAUAAACUUUCUUGGACUAAAAAGUAAUUGGCAAGCUCAGAACAAAUUACAGGAUCUAAGACUGUGAUUUUCCCUUAGGGCUUCCAAGGAAAUGCUGGUACACCAGGAAGCCAAGGAGCACCUGUAAGUACUGUAAAACAUUUAGCAUCAUCACUUUCUCCCUAACUCUCCCUCCCUUCCCUCCUUCCCUUCUUCCCCCCUCCCCUCCUCCCCCUCCCAUACUCCUCUAAAGGUUGAUAGCAAAUGAUAUCCGGAGUUUGAGUAGCCAAUCAGGGCGUGCCUUUAGUGCAAUCCACUGUUUUAGUGAUUAUAUAUACCAGAAACUAUUGAUAGUGCGUUUUUUGUCAGAACAGAGUCUGAUUUGAUUUCUACUAGUUUCAGGCACUGGUGGCUUUCAGAGAUCAAAGAAAGGGAAAUCAGCACAUACAAUUUUUUGAAUAUCCUUACAUAUUUUAAACUGAUUUUAGGGUGUGGCUGGGUCUCAAGGACUUCCUGGACAGAUGGGAAUGAGAGGAUCUCCGGUAUGUACCCCCCCUGUAUCAACAACACAUCAGUAAAGUAAAUAUAUCUUUACCAUGUGCGUGCUUCUAUUGUUUACUAUUUAUUUUCAAAAUGUCUUCCUAUGGUGAUGUCUGUGGAGGCCAUUGUAGUCAGGUAGAUGUGAAGGCUUUUUGAUCGGUGAUUCAAUGAGUACUCGCAGAUAAAGGAAUUUCAUCUUGGUUAUUGUUUUGAUUAUAAUAUUUAAGAUCAGUGUCAAGGAAGUUCUCUAACCCAUCCUUUUUUGAUCACUGAAAAAUAAAUUUAAAUUCUAAACCUUAAAAUCUCCCUCCCCACCUUCGAACCUUUAUGAGACUUUGUUUAAAUAAGGUGACACGGGACAGCUUUCACUGAUAACCCUGUGGCCCUCACGACUACUUUUAUGGAGGUAAAAAUUGUAGUAAUUACAGAGAUAAAAUUUUAUUAAGUGGCACUGUAUUUAGCGGUCACUCUGUAUUAGUCCCGAAAUUUUCUCCCCUUAAUUACUACGAUUUUUACCUGCCCUUGACUGAGACCCAACGGCCUGUUUGUAUAGUCCUCCACUUGUAUUAAACGGUCACUUAGAGCGUAACGAUUCAAACAAAACUAAGAAUAAUUUCUCAUGUAAAAUUUAUUCCUUGUUUAUCUCCCAGAAUCAGUAUUAGUACUUUGAGUUCCAAGUUCCUCAACGCAUUGCAGACUAUCUUUCUUGUUUAGACUGUAAGGACAAAUAUUACGCACGAACAUCACUCAAGUCACUUACUAGACAACCUGUUUUAAACGGUCAUUGUUUCAUUCCCCGUGAGUGACAGCGUAAGGCAAGUUUGACUGUCGUAUUCCCGGACAUGUUGGGGUGUUGAAUAAUAAUUUAUUAUCUAAUAAAUUUGCAUUCCUAUGCAUUUGCUUAAAUGUUUUUUUCUAUGAGAAGUUGGGUGGUAGUUUUCAUUACAAGUAUCAUGACUUUUGUUUCUUUUUUCAUAUUAUGUUUAUGCCUUAGGGUCCUCAAGGGAAACAGGGAGAGACUGGACCCGAUGGAGAGCGGGGACCUCAGGUAUUUCAUGUCCUGUGAAGAGUUUGUUUGUUUGUCAGGUGUCUUUAUCCCCCUGUGUAAUUAGGCGAUAGAUUCCACGUUGCGGUACCUCAGUUCAAAAAUAAACCCAGAUAAGGUAGAAAUAUAGUAUGCCGAAAAUUGACAUACGAGCCACAGCGGAGUGUGUCAACUAUUCCACCUCUUAUUAAUGGAAGUGUAAAUGGUGAUGCAAACAGAACUUUUUGAAAAAAGUUUCUUUAAUCUGUCAGUGUGGUACAAAGAAAAAAGAAUCGUGUGGCUAACUAGAAUUACAAUUUCAGGCCGUCAGAUUUGCGUCUUGAUCUACUAAUCAACGACCGAGUUCAACACUGACUUUUAGUGAACAGGACGCUUUACAUUUGAACUUAUUGCAUGGCCUGACUGCUCUGUGACUCAGUGGUAUUGCAUUACGUCGGAGCACGAAAUUCAAAUGUCCUAAGUCAAAACACUGACUUUUAGUGAACAGGACGCUUUACAUUUGAACUUAUUGCAUGGCCUGACUGCUCUGUGACACAGUGGUAUUGCAGUACGUCGGAACAUGAAAUUCAAAUGUCCUAAGUUAAAACCCUCGCCGGAGACUCAGAUUGCAAGAUUGAGCUACACCCGUGAAAAAAUAUAUACCAUGUAUCCAUAUUCGAUAACCCAGCUCAAAAUGUACCAUCUUUCUUUAUCCUAAGUUUAAACCUCUUUCCUUCUUCUUUGUUAGGGUGACUCGGGUCCAGGCGGCAGCGAGGGACCCCCGGGUCCUCAAGGUCCCAUGGUAGGUCAUCAGACAGUCCUUAAUUUUUUUCGUUUGUUUGUGUGAAUAAUGGGAUUUGCUUGCCACUUGAUCAGCUUCUGUUUAUAUUCGUAACUCUACUCAAAGCGCAAAUUUCAUUUUGUUUAAGUUAAUGCAGAGAGGCAAUUUUCACACUUAUGGUUUAUAAUGUUAGAUCAAGUCCAGAUAUUUUCAAAUACUAAAGAACUAGGAACUAGACUUUUCAUAGGCUACAAAAAGGUUAUUGAACUAGCCAGCCAUUGUAAUGAUACUCUGUUAAAAAACGAAUUUGUAGCACAAGCACCGACUUGAAAUGUUCAGAGAGGGACAACCUUUCAGUGCCUCCUUCCUGAUCCCAGUUAGUAGAAUGCUAGAGCCCUAUGUAACCCUCCCUGUCGAGUUUUUGGGGGAACUCACUUCUUACUUGAUUGGUUUCUUAGGGUCCAUCGGGCUCAAGAGGUGCAGAUGGAGAGAAAGGAGCACAAGGAAGACCGGUGGGUGUUAGAAUGUUCUGCCUUUUGCGGAAGAAAUAUGUCAUCAAAGGCAGUGUGGCCGAAUGGUUGGGGCAGUUGGCUCCCCCUCUAAAACUUCUCAUUUGCUAAGCAAUCGUCAAUCCAUGACUUCCUAAUGUACAGGGUUGAUUUCAGGUCAUUACAAAUCGUACAUUAACGCAAGCAAGGGUUAGGACAUUAUUGAACCUUAACCAACACAAUGCGCUUUAAUCAUCUGAGAUUUGACUCAAUCAUGUCGCUUCGAAGGAUUUUUUUCUUGCAUAAUUUUGUGCCAUUUCGUGAUUUCGCUUGUUCAGUGCUAACGGUGCCAAAUGUUUUUCGAUGUAAUUGUCUCAAGAUGUGUAUCAUCAUUUUCAUUUUUUGAUUCAGAGUGAUGAUUAAAUAACCUUUUUACCGUUGUUUACAGGGUUCGAGAGGAGUUAAGGGAAGAAAGGGGCAACCUGGACAGGAUGGGCAAAAGGUAGAUAUUGGACAAAGUAAACGAUUGGUUUUUAUUGAAUUUGAAACCUUGGAACAUAUCCAGGCGACUCCUAAUAACUCGAAAUGAAAUCGGCCACCCAGAGCUUCAUUAAUCUUAAUACUGUAAUUUUCACUAGAAAAACUCGAACCUUUAGAAACUCGAACCAUCUUUGCCAAUAGUCUUUUGUAAAAUAAAAUGAUAAUCAAAAUUUGAAAAUGAAAACAGUGUGAUAAGUUACAAGUAAAAAGAGAGUGGGUGAGUUAAAAGAAAAAAACUCGGUGCAGAUGCGUCGUUGUUUGAAAUGUCGUUAAAGUUUCCCAUCUGCGGUAUCCUUUUAAUUCUUCGCCCAAACAUCACUUGCUAUAUGUUUGACUUGAUUCCAGGGCCCCCCAGGCGACGCGGGAAGGAGCGGCAGAGAUGGUGAAAACGUAUGUUUUGUGUUGCAAAUGAAUGAUGUUGUUAAAAUGUGCUUAUGUACCCCGGUUAAGUGAUAAAUAACAAAUCAUUAAUGAUAAUAAGUGGAUCCAUUCAUUUUUGUUUAAGCCUAUUGUGAUAGUUUCUCUUGUGUAACCUCUUCCAUUAGCAACGUUUCUUUGGCUCGCUUGAAAGGGACUGGGUUCUAUUUACUCUGAUUUGGCCAUGCAUGACGCAAUCCUCGCGCGAUCCUUGCUUUAUUGAAGCAUGCGCAUCUUGAUAAUCAUUUACAUAAUUACUCUACUAUCGAACAAAGGGGGUAAGUUUCUAAAGAAACUGGUGCUGCGUCGGUGGAAGGGUAUAACAAGGGAAUCUGGUAUUAGUAAUUGAGUUGGUAACGUAAAUUGGCCACCUUAAAGAAUUUCAAAGCUGAUAUUUCGAGCGUUAGCCUUCCGUCAGAGCAAGUGGAUAAAUACUCUACUUUUGUUCGAUUUUGACCGUAAUACUGAUUCUUUUUUUAUUGAAAUACAGGGACCCCGUGGAUUGAAUGGAGCAGGUGGUGAUUUGGGCGGAAUUGUGAGUUGAUAUCUUAAAGGAUGGACACAGGUUUUAAGCCUAUGACCCCCCCUAUUCUUUGUACUAUGCUCUAACAAACUGGGCUAUGGACCCACUGUGGAAUGAGUUUCGCAGUGAACGAUAUUUCUUAGAGUAUUUAUGAGUCUGGGGCAAAGUUAUUGAUCGUGGUGGAACCAAAGCCCUCAGAUUAAAUUGGCAAAUGCCGGUUCCUCCAUGGAUCCCAUGUAUUUGUCAUUUUGCGGUUGUGGUCGCUGUUAAGAACUUUUAAUCGACUGAAAGCUUCUGCCAUAGAUAAAAUAUAAGAAACUUUGUGAACUUAAUGUGUAAAUAUCCAGUAAAGGGUGUUAAAUGGUAGCCAGUGCUACGGAUGUUUAAUGAAUAAGGAUGUUUGCCAGAAAGUCCUGUCGUUUUCUACUGGUCUUACUUUUUGUUCCAAAUCAAUAAUAUACAUACGGUAACCGGUCAGGUCGCCUGAAACAAAAGUUUUAUCGCCUGAGAUCUUAUUGCGAGUAAACAGAAGAAACAAUUACUUAUUAGAUCAGGUUUACAGACUGUAAAUAGGUAAUGACGUUGAAGGUCGUUAGGGUUACAGAGCUCAUAUCUCUCUGUACUGCUGUGUGAUUUUUUACUUAUAGCGAAUAUACUCUUUUAUGCUAUGUUUGAAACAUUUCGCGCCCUUUAGGGACUCCCAGGUGCACGGGGCGAAGCAGGACCACAAGGAAGACCAGGAAUGAUGGUGAGGAACGUUUUAAGAACUUCAGCUGUGGUAGAUAGCAGGGGCUUCAAUAUAUUUUUUUUUCCAUAAGUGGCUGCCGGUGGCGGGGCAAAUCCCGAAUACUAACCUUUUCACAGGCUGAACCGACGGUGGUAAGAGGUCUCAUAGGCGGAGGUAGACCGCCCGUUACCAGCUUUAUUGAAACUUGUAAACUAAAGUCAUCACCAAUGCCUUUCAAAGAAAAAAGAUUGUAAGGAAAAAUGUCAAGAGGAGCUACUGAGCAGUCACUUAUACUGAUUACCUGUAAACUGCGUGAAGCGCGGGAAAACGGGGGUGACCAAGUCACGUGUGGUUUUAGUUCCGACAUAUGAUUGGUUGAAUGGAUGGUGAGAAAUUUUUGGACCAAUCGCAGAGGGAAGUAAAGCGAAGGCUUUUAAAUACCGAAAUACUUGCACUUCUGUAUUCAUGAUUCAUCUGACGCGAAAUGAAUUCCUGUCUAAUGGGCUAAUAUGAUGAGUUCGCUAUUAAUGCAGACAUGAAUCAUUAUUAUAUUUACAUUAUCUUCAAAUUCAGUGACAGGUGUUACAAACGAAUUUCUGUUCACAUAAUAUAAAAGAGACUCUUUGGAAAGCGUUUAUAUUCCAGAUAUCACGUUUGUGACAACUUCAGAAAUCAAAGGCUACUCGUCAGAUUUCCUUAAAAUAAUUCUGAUGGCAGGGGCCAAGGUGUGGAAGAACUGACUUCAAAUAAAAGCGUAAAUUCAGAACAGAUAAGGUUCUGAAGCAUUGAUAAAAUUCUUCGAUAGAUUAGAGCAAUUUUAACCUUGUUAUGGAAAAUGUUCGUCGUGGUUUUUCAGAUAAGGGACGUUGAAUCGUUUGUCUCACGGUGAAGGCUAUCAAUUGUAUUUAUCGCGAUGUCCCGAUUGCCAUACUACUAGCCUUAGUUUGGCGACGAAGUCGAAAGUUUACGUGUCACUGCAAAGUAUCUUAGUGGUGUGUUUGGCGCACUGUCAUUGGUGCAUUUGAUUUUAACCCUAUGAUAGCAUUUGAUUUCUUCAUUAUGGUACUAGCUUAUUGCCACUUAACCAACACUUGCACACAACUUCUCGAUUCCAAGUAUUUCAGUAGAUAUUGUCCAGAUAACUUUUAGAAAUUUCAUCGAAUUGUAGUGGACCAACUCUUUUAUUGUCAUUCACAGGGAUCCCAAGGAAUGACUGGACCUGCUGGUAAAACUGGGGCCCAAGGAGCUGCGGUGAGUAAAACAGUGAAUUACCAAUUAUUAGACGAAGUCGAGCAAAGUAUCGUGUUUUACUAGCGGCAAAGAGAUCAACUAUCGAAAUUGAAAGCUGGGACAAAGCAACUGACAGUUGAAAGAAGCGAACUGCCACAUUCCCAUUCAAGAUUGGGAACCCAACAAGCUAUGAGCAGUAUUUACAGUCGCUAGACGAAACCACAGAAGACAGACAUCUCGGCAUGUCAAAUAAUCUGUCACCACUAUCUAUUUAUAUUUUGAAGGUUACAUUUCAUUCAUGUUACAUUUGAUGAAUUGAAUGAACUUAUCUCCUUGGGUUAUAAAUAGAGCUUGAAUCGUCGGUGGCAUCAACGUAGUAUUAAAAUUUAGAUGUGUACAUUGUUGUUGCUCUCUUUCGCCAUUUUUUUUUCUGCUCUGUUGCUGGCAGGGUCCAGAGGGUCCAGUAGGAGCAACAGGACCGGCAGGAGAGAAGGGCAGUACCGUAAGUAUCAAGUCGUUAACUGUGUUAACAACUCUAUUGUUGUCACUAAAAAGGUCUGGAUACGAGACUGACUCGCAGGGCUGAUAAGCGCCCCCCGCCUCCUCCUCCCCCCCUCGAACAUGCAGAAUGCUUUACGGUAUUGACACUCUUGCUGUGAUGUUUCCGUAGAGAUUGCUAAAACAGGCAUCCAUACUGAUAGCACUGUGUUGAUGGUAAAUAGGAGAGAAAAAAGGGCUUUUCUACCCUUUUACGCAAAGGGGCUAGGUCACGCUAUAAGCUUGCGCACUGAGUUCUUCCAGUUGUACACUUAUAGGCAUCAAAUUGCCGUUGAACUAUGUUAGAAACGACAAAUGCAAAGAGCGUCAUCGUAAAAACUGACGAUUACAAGGUGUUUGUUUUGGAUUGUCGGAAACACGAAGGCCAAGGUUACCAACUGCCCGUUGGUGCCAUUUUUUCCUGUGUUCUAACUGUACAUGCGUGAGUCGUGACCUAGCCCUUUAAGUCUAACCAGCGAUAUAUUCUCCACAUGAUGCCUUCUUCGUUCAGCUUUUUUAAUAAUUUCUUUUUUUAGGGACCAGAUGGCGAGACUGGGCCUAUUGGAGCCCCAGGGGGACCAGGAGCUGACGUAAGUGGACUCUUUGAAAAUUAACCGUCAGUUUAUUGUAAGAAUGAACAAGAGAGCGGCAAGUCAGCAUUAUUAGUUUACGGUUGAUCACCGAGUCAGAAUUCUUGAUUAGGAUUGGCGUAAAAAAGGGGGGGUCGAGUGCGAGGAUAGACGAGGAAAUUUUUUAUCAAAUGCAAUUCCCCAUAGGAAAAUAACUUGGGGCUCUCCUAGUUUCCAUCCCACCAGAAAGGAUUAAUUGCGUAAUUAACUUCAAAAAAUUACACAGCAGCGCCUGGAUGAAAGGGUGGCGCUAUUUUUACACACCAAUUACAGAGCGAAGUAAAGAAAAAACUGGUGCAAUCUGGGAUUACUUUCGACACGUAUGUGCUCAAAAAACCGUAUACAUUGGAAUGCCCCACUGAUUUUGGCUUUAUGCAUUUAAUAACACAUACCGCAGGGUUCCACCGGUAUGCCUGGACCUGUUGGUGAACAAGGACCACGAGGCGAAAAGGUGAGUGAAAAAAAGGGAACAUUAAAAAUCAGAAAAGACUGUUUCGUUGGUAAGCAAUAAAUUGAAAUGUUUAGGAAAUGAACCACACUGCCACGUGAAAGCUACAUUUAUUUUUGUUCUUAGGGAAUUUAAAACUUUUAAUAAGCCAGUGAAAGUGCAAAAUAUGUAGCCCAAAAAUACAUCAGUACCUGCCCUUAAGUCAGAUGUGAUAAGACUGUUAUUUCACUAUAUAGGGAGACGCAGGGCAACCAGGAACGUCUGGGCGAGAUGGUGCUUCCGGAGUUAGGGUAAGACCACGCGACUGAUUGUCGAGUUCGUCUUUUUUUCAACACUUAUAAUAUAUUCAGGUAUCAUAGUUAUGAUAGAGUGUUUUUUUUUUUCGCUAACCUUGACCUCCUGUUUUUACACCAGGGAUCCUCUGGGGAGCCGGGAGUGGCUGGUCCUCCUGGUCCACCAGGGCCAAUGGUAAGUGGCAGAUGAACCUUCCUCUUCUCCUUUAUUAAACGACUAGAUCAUUGGCUCGAGGUUUCUAUCACGUGAUACGCGUCAUAGUCUACGAGGGCAGAGCCCGAAUGAACUAUCGCACUCAAGAAUCAAGAGUAAACAAUCUCAUGGUUGUAAAAAUCAAGUAGUCGUUCAAAACUUAUCAACAAGACGGGUUCAUGUUUUUUAUUUUAUUUUGUUUGCAACCGUACACUGUCGACUCAGUCUCUUUACUCACCCUCUGUUACAGAAUAGAUAGCUAGUUGCUCAGCCAAUCAGAUCGAAGCAUUUGUGUGAGAACUCAAGCAGACUUCUACUAUUUAACAUUGAUAUGCGGUUGUGAUUGGGUUUAGUGUGCAACUUGGCUAAUUAAGAGAGGAUUUUCGAAAAAGAGUCUCUGUUGACAAUGUAACAAGCACUUUGUGGGUAAUUAUAACUACAGAAUAAAAUAAGUUUGUUUCGGUGCACUUCUCGAUUGAGUGUCUUCAAACCAAAACUUGAUUUAACCUGCCAUACAGACUUUAGUUUAGAGUUUUUCAGGCUAGCGCGAGGCAAGCGCUAGGCAAGCGCGAGGCAAGCGCGAGGCAAGCGCAAGGCUUGCGUGAGAAGAGCGUGAAGGGUGAGUCAGGUUCAAAUGGAAGAGUACUCGCCCCGCGUCGCCUGUCCUGCAGGCUAAACUUAAUUCUCCAGCACUGCUAAGGUCAACAUCACUUAGGACGGAUGAGUUCUCAAAUUCUAAACAAGUUAACAACUUCAGUGGCUAAAAAACUUUAGCCUUUGAAAAAUCACUUUAGCAUCUGAUUGGUUGAGAAUGAGGCGUGAGUUUUCUAGCCCAGUCACAAAACGUUGUAAAGCAAAACAACUGCAGUUUAGGAUCACUUUCAACUUUGAAAUUUCUCGAAAAACUUAGUCGUUUGCUUCACGGUGUGUCACCCUGGUUGUUCUGAUAGCAUGACAAUAAUCUUGUGAUAGAGUAACCUUUAAGUGAGCGUUUGCAACUGUUUCUAAUAAUUACUACAGCAGUUUCAAUACUCAUUGGCUUGUUUUAGGGAGCUGCUGGCGGACGAGGAUCAAGAGGUCAAACUGGACCUGUUGGAGACCAGGUGGGUGAAUAAUAUGUCACCCAGUUUCACAUUUGAAAUUAGCCGUAGCAAGGGCCUGCUUCUCGAAGGUCCCGGUAACUGAACGGGCCCGUAAAGCUGUUCUGUUUUCAUUCAAAAUGGAGGUUUGAAAAUUUUUUAGAAUUAUACAGUAAAACUAGCAGCCGAAGAAACAAAAUGGACUGGUUAAGACGCCAGAGCCUGCUUCACUAUUCUUUAAAUUUUUAUUUUAAAAUAUGACUUCAAGCCCGUUAAGUUAUAGGGACGUUCGAGAAACGGGCCUCAGGAGACCAACCUGUAGAUUAUAACGAUAAGACCAGCAUCCUCGUCCCGUCCCGUCCCGUCCCGACCUUGUUUUCCCAAAUUAAAUAAGCGAACGUGUUAUUUAACUAAGAUUCAUUAGGACGGAGUAAGCUGCAACCAAAAGCUGCACGAGUUAUGUCCAGGAUUGAACGGACACGGGAAAACUCACCAAGCACAGUUUCGUAUUUGUACAAAUGCAAGCAGUAGUCCAUGUUGCUGAAGUUUCGGGUGAUGCUGUUCAUUUGGAGUGAACAGAAAUAAAAUAAGAAGGGAAAUGACACAGCGAGGCAUCUUUUACACUAACUGAAUUGUUGUUUAGCUGUACAAUAUCUCUUGUUUCAGGGAAGCCCUGGAAAAAAUGGUCCACCUGGUAUAUCUGGCGCCCAAGGAGAACAGGUAAGUCAUCAUAAAUACUGAGAAAGCAUGGUCUCCGAAAGGAAGAUAACGUGUUGCGUGAUAAGCCCAAGAUUUUUGCUUGACAAGCCCAACUGUGUCGGGUGAAAAGCCUGAACUAUGUUUGCGAGGGAAACAACAAAAACAGGGUUUCAAUGGCGAUAAUGUGCAAGGCGACUGUGCCGUAAGGCGAAAAACCAAACUCACGAGCCUGCACGCAGGCUCAACAGAGGUCUUACUCUAAAGUCAAUAGUCAAAAACGCAAUUUCGAUGGACUGUCGUAGUAAUAAUACCACAGUAAUCAAAACACCCAUUCGGAGCAAAGAAAAACAUCGUUAGGGGCCAAUGAGAGCUGAACUGCGAGCAAACGUUUGGUUCAAGUUUUGCAUCAGCUUGGAAGAGCAGGUGGGACGAGUUCUCUGGAUCAAUCACGGAGUCAGAAAUAAAGUAACACCAAAGUACUCCUGGCCCUCAUUUAGAACUUUCUUGAGCACUUGUAAUGUUGAUCGAAUUCUAGCCAAAAGUAAUGACACCAGUAAACUCAGUUAACCAUCGUUCAUCUCGUUCCCAGGGCCCUCCAGGACCUUCAGGAGCAAAAGGUGACCGUGGAACGUCCGGUGCGCCUGUAAGUACUAGUGGAUAAACGUUAUGAUUAUCCAGCGGUGUUAUGUUGACUUGUUUGUUUGUUUGUUUUUAAAACAUUAUCGGUAAUAGUCAACCUCUUUCACUCUUGGGACCGAAAGAUGAUGAGAAGAAACUGUGAUUUCUUUAUGGGGGUAAGCUUUGCAGGGAUUUAACAGCAAACUCUAAGGGCUCAAGUGAGAAUAAAUGUAUGGCAGACAGAUCAGUUAGUUGAUUGUUAGAUCUUGGUAAUCUAAAGGCCAAAGAAAAAUUGAUUUGUGAGAUGUGUAGGAUUUUAUUAAUCAUCAGUAUCCAUAUCCUCCAUACUCUUUGUAUACAUUUCCUUUGGUACUGACAAGGAUAAUUCGUUUAACAAUCAGAGUUUCUUUGGUUGGUGAUGUAUUCCCUAUUCUUAUGAUCUUAAUGAAUGAUUUAGCAGUUUUACGGAAAGGAGAAAUUGGAUGCUGGUCACUUGGGUUUUGAAGGGUUAAAUUACGGUCCACUCGAGUAUCGAACCCGCCCUGUGUAAUAACCAUCGGACACUUUGGCCUUUAUCCUUAUUAAACCUUAUUAUACGCCUUGAUCGGAUCGUCUUGUCGAAAGACUCGUCUGUAGUAAAACAGAGAGGAAUAUUAUGAAUUUAAAAGCCUGGUUUUCCAGUGAAGAGAGAUGUAAAAUAGAUAAGUGACCAGCGUAGAACAAAGAAACAAAUAUGAGUGUAGGAUUCGGUGUUGUUCGCAGAUAGUUACUGCUAGUGUGAAAGUCACUCUAUAUCCAGAUAAGAUACUAAGUGAUGAAUUGGCUGUUUUUUUUUUUUCCCUUACCGUUGAGGUAUUUUUGUGACACUUCUGUUUGCCUUGCUAUUUUUAAGGGAGCUCAAGGUUCUCAAGGAGGUCAGGGAACACAGGGUCAAAUAGGAUCAAAGGUAACCAAACUAUCCUCAUCUGUAGAGUGCCUCGAGUCUCGUAACACAAAAACUAAAGUAGUCAUCGUAGGUCAAUCAGAACAAAGGUCCACAUUACUAGCGCUACAGGACGCGCGUUUCUCCGCCUGUGGGAGGGUUUGAGAAAAGUCGGGGAGAGGUUUGCCUGCGUGCUAUACACCUUGCAGAUCUCUCGCCAGUUCGUGUACUUCAAGGCUUCAUACUUUCCCGUGGGCGAUGAAGUGUUCGUGCUGAAGCGCUUCUAAUGAGGACCUACUCGCUGGCUAAACACAGGGCAACAUCACCAAGAGCCAGUGAGAACACAAAGUAUAUGCAUUAAGACGGCUCCAGGUGCUGUUUGCAUUUGAUUGGCUGAGAAUUUUUUUGAGACCAAUUACUGAGGAAAGUAACGCAUAACCAAUUUCCUCCAUAAUUGCUUUCAACACUCAUUUGAAAAUACUGUAUUGCGCUUUGAUAUGUCUCUUGCUUUCAGGAUAAGUACCUAGAUGUAGUUUUGAGGUUUGUAGAGGAUAUUUCUCUUUUUUUUUUUUUUUUUUCAUCACUCCAUUUUUUCAUCAGGGACCACGUGGACCGAAAGGAAGCACAGGUAGCGACGGUCUUGAUGGUCCAAAAGUAAGUUAAGUUAGUUUCUCCCUGUCCAACAUUGCGUGGUCUACUUGGUUUUCAAAAUUUUAACUAGUUUAACUAGAACAUUGUUUGGUUCCUUUUAGCUGUGCGCUCAGUGUCAACUAUAAUCCUGACUAGAAGUUUCAGCGGAACUCUCAAAAAAUACACACAUAUGUACGAGGCUUAGUCUUCAUUCUCCUUGAUAUCUUUAAUCCACGUAACCUUGGCUUUUGUGUUUUGAAAAUGACAAAGCCCACACCCCCCGACAUUUUGACAACGGAGGUAAGAGUAAGGGGAGUGGGGAAAAAGAGACUUUACAGUUUGUGGGAUGCGUUGUUUGCGCGCGUGCUUCUGAAAAGAGAAACAAGAUUCUUUUACAGGGCUUUAGCUUCGUUUGAUGUUGAGGCAAAGGUGAUUCUUAAAGCUGGGUCCCUUUACCAGUCUACCAUAACAUUUUGUCCCUUCCAAUGCGUGUUUGGUUUUCAUCGUAGUUUCCUCUGUGGUUAUUUGUCUUAGGGAGAGGCCGGAGGGAAAGGACCAGCUGGAGAAGACGGACCACCUGGAAAUGCUGUAGGUUUAAAGUAUUAGCAGUAAAUGCUACGCAAACUGCGACUAAGAAGAUGCAUUCAAUGAUCAAAAAGUUUAGGAUAACAUUUGAAUUUGGCUACUGCUUCCUAUAGAGGGUGAAGCCACUAAUGUUGUCGAAAUGAGUGAGCGAGUGAUGGUAACUGUAGAAUUCUGAUCUUGUCAAUUUGUAACUUUUGGAACAGGGUACUCAUAAAUAUGUGGGCUGUGGCAGGUUUUCUGUCUCAGAAAAAUCUUUUGCAACACUACCUUCUAGCAUCAUUAUACAGCGUCUAGUUCUUUUCAAUGCUAUAAAAAUUGUGCUAUAUCAGCAGCCACAUGCAGUCUUAAACUGCCUGUUUAUAUCGUAAUGGCUUCUUUACUGUUCGAAAAGGAGAUGUAACAGGAAGGUGGCGUUUCGAUUAAAGAACAAUCUGAGUUAGAACCAUAGAAAAAAAACGUCUUCUACCUUAAAAUUUAUGCUCAGGUUUACUUGAUAAUAAAACAGUUAUUUGUUUAUAUGUAAAAUGGUGGUUUUUCCUCAUCCAGGGUCGAGAUGGUUUACCUGGUCAGCCUGGAAUAAAAGGUCAACAAGGACAAAUGGUGAGCAUUAAAGGAUUAUUACCAACUAUUCACCUCAGUAGUCACCAAGUACUGGAUUCUUUUUUGAGGUGUGAAUAGAAUCUCCUUUCUCAUGGGGUGGCGCAGCAACAUGGUGGCAAUCACCAAAGCCUCCAUUUUGAGCCUUAGGCAGGUCAUUGUGUUGUGGUAUGGGGGAGGACAUCAGCAUCCCAUCCAGGAUUAGUGGACAUACUCCUUGUCACUUCGUGGGAGACGCACUGGACCCUAAUGGUCAAUGUGCUGGACUCUGGGUCGAGAGGUCCUGGUUCAAACACUGGACUCCGGGUGGAGAGGUCCUGGUUCGAACACUGGACUCCGGGUCGAGAGGUCCUGAUUCGAGACCAGGCUGCGUCAGUGUUGUGUUCAUGGGCAAAACACUUAACUCGCACAGUGCCUCUCCACAUUCAGGAGUAUGGGUCAGGGAUUUUAAUAAUAUGUAAGGAUGUAACCUUCGGGUGGACUAGCGUCCCGUCUAGGGAGGAGUGAUAAUACUACUUUUCGCUUCAUGCUAUGGAAACUUGGAUAAGCUCCGGCUGGGUGGACUACUUGGCUCGAGCCGUAGAAACGGGAAUAGGCGUGGGCAGUUAUGGGUACUUUUCCCUUCACUGACCUGUUAUUUUUCUACAGGGUCCACCAGGAGCAGUUGGUUCCCAAGGAGCGCAAGGAAGCAAAGGGGAGGCGGUAUGACCAUGUCGCUUGUCCAUUUUAGGAGUUUAAGAAAAAUGAAGGGAGAAAUAACAGCCAACCAACCACGAUAAAACAAACAGAUUUUUAUAUUGUUGUAGGGCGUUCAGUUGUAGAGGUCUUUGGAUUCGAGAAACAUGUUUGCGUUUUAUUUAAUUACCGUUACCUGGAUCAUCGGUCUAUUAUUUAUACUGUUUGGUGUAUCAAACACGGAUUAUUAACUACCUUUCCUUAAAAAAAAGCUGUGUGAUGAAUUAACUUUGAAAGCUUUUUCUUACUCUACCUCUCUUUUUAAAGGGAUAUCCUGGUAUGCAAGGCAGCGUGGGUGCAGUCGGUCCGGUUGGCCAAGCGGUAAAAUGAUGUUUCUUAUGUCAGAAAGUGCUUAAAAAAAAGAAAGAAAAAAUUGAAUCAAUGUACUCUCUAAAUAAUUCGCUGUAGUUAAGCCUUUUCACCUGUUUACACGUGUGGGGGGUUUGAAGUUGUAAAGAUCAGCAUUCAGUACAUAAUUCAGUUAUAACAGAAUCCAUAACAAUAAGUUUACGCAUUGACUUAAUUGCGUUGUGUUCAUAGCUUAGUUUUCGAGUCUCUUUAGUUGUUUCUCUUAUUGUUGUCUAAUUUCAACAGGGAGACCCAGGCCCUGCUGGCAGAGAUGGCGUUGAUGGAGCAGCCGGCCUUCCUGUAAGUAACGUAAAAUCUAAGUAGGGUACAAAGCACAAAAGCGUAUCGGCAUAUAUCUUGUAAGCGUUCUAUAGCAACACAGCAACAACUUUAUUUUUGUAUCCAACAGUUACAAGUAAAAUUACAGCAAUUUCAUACUAUAUGGAGAGUAUGGGCUGCACUAUACGGACUAGUAAAUGUUUGCUAAAACAAUUAGAUUAUUCGCUCUCGAUUUCUACGAGUGAAAGGUGAUUCGGGCUUCUCUCUAAUCGACUAUCACGCCAUAAAAAUUUCGAGCUCAUCAUUUAAUUGCUAAGUGUCCGCGAGGCGGGAGUUUGAUUUGUCAAUCAUGAGUAUGAUUACAGACAGAAUUAGACGACACAAAGUCUUUUUACCAAUUAAUCAUAACCGUUACAAUUUCUGAAAACAACAAAUACAUUUACGACAAAUACCUCCGGUAGAGACAAAGUGUAGCGUAAAAAUCUCCUCAUUUUAGAAAUUCCGCGGUUUUUUCGAGGAUAAGUGGUUGUUGCUGUGGUUAUUGUGAUCAAUUCUGUGAUUGGUGGAUGUGGCUGAAAGGACUAAGUAUGAUUGGCUGCUUCAACUGUCCGAUUACAGGUGUUCGAUUACAGCCAACAGUCCGAUUUCACUGUCCGAUGACAACUGUACAGAAUAAAGCAGCUAAUACACCUAUCGCAUAUGAGGAAAUUGUAAUGGUUAUGAUGAAACAAAAAAUAAAGAAAUAUUGAUGAUAAAAAAAGAAUGUUAAGCGACUUCUAAUUUCGCAGGGACCUCAAGGAGCGAAAGGAGGCACAGGACCACCUGGCUCUAAUGGUCAGCCGGUAGGUGGAAAGACCGAUUAUCAAUUUCAACAGUUACUCCUGGAUGUGUUCAGGAGUGCAGUGUUAGGGCUGUGUGACGCACAGUCCAUACAGCCAAAUAAUCGUUUAGUAUUACUCUUCAACCUUCAUUACUUCGGAAAAGCAGAUUUCCACGGUUGGAGAAAGAGAUUGUAGACUGUAUGGCACCUGAAAUACUCGUAGGUAACAGAAUUUGUAGCAAUCCCCUUUCAAUUUUAUUGAUGAAGGAGAUUGUUCUGUCGUGCAUUUCAAAUAAUGUGCAAAGUUGUCCUCCAUGUGAGAACUGCAAAGUAAAACUGAAUACUGAACACGCCCAGCUGCGAAGGGAAAAAAACUGAGAGAUUCGACUGAAAGGCCAUCCUGGUGACUAUAUACUUUUUCAUGCGAUUACACCCUUAAUCAAUACGAAUUUUCAAUAACGCCUUAUUAUGUUUUCAUAUAUGGUUGUUCGUCUAAACCCAGCACUAACCCUUUACACUCUAAGAUCAGUAUACAUUUUCUCCACACUGGUCUCUCCACAUUUCAUUAUAAGAAGAAUUUGUUUGACAAUCAGGAGCUUGUUAAAUUGGUGAUCAUUUCCGUAAUCCUCUUAACCUUUGCAUUUGAUUCAAGAUUGAUACUGUGAGGAGAAUUAAGAAGCCGGUCACUCUUAGGGUCAACCUUCUUACAUCUUUACUCUCGUGUUCCUAUGUCGUGGACAAGUUGCAAUAAGAUACAAUUUUACUCAUUACACAUCCAGCGUUCAAUAUUCCCCAUCUGUUUAUGAAAUACAAUGAUGUUGGGUUCAAACAUUUGUGUUUCAGGGUACAAUCGGUCCACGAGGUUCCCCAGGACCCCGAGGUGCAAAAGGAGAAAAAGUAAGGAGUUAAAUCUUUUCUCAGAAAUUUUUUUUAUUGUGGCAGUUGCUUAAUCAUCUAACUCCCAAGGUCUGGUUAGCAGUAAUUCUCCUUCUGGAAGCUUUUUAUUUCCUUUUAAAUCAGUUAAGAGAAUUUAAUAUUUUAUCAAUAUUUUGAAAUCACUUCUGAGAGUGUCUUCUAUAGCGUAAUGAUAGUUGAACCGCGGAAUCCGAGUGUCUGCAGUUUGGAUCUCAAUGGGCGAUUUCAAUGGUCAUUAUUUAUUUAUUUAUUUGUUGCAAUAUUUAAACAGGCUGGCCAAGCUCAUGGGAAUCUGCUAUUGCUAUUGUUAAUAUUAUUUAUUUUUUGUCUCCUACAGUCAUACAUUUGGCCGUAAUAAUUACAAUGGGUGGUAGUUAUUAUUUAUCUUACUAUUAUUUACUUUACUUACUUAUUAUUUAUCUGAUGUGCAGGGUAAUAUUGGAGCUGGAGGAAUUGCAGGAGUCGCAGGUGCCCCCGGUCAAGCGGUACGUAUCAAGUGACGAAAAAAAAGGAAUUUCUUGUUCUGAUAGUCCCCAUUAGAUAGUCUCCUUUAUUUGGCUCGAACAGUUAGAUGAAUGGAAUUUGUUUUUAGUUGAUUCAGAAUGUGUGUACAAGUUAACCAUGUAAAGCGGGGCAAUAUGAGGCUGGCAUAUAGCACAGUAUCACACCCACACCCACCAACAAACAAGUCUUUUUUUUUGUUUUUUUGUUUUUUUUAAACAAAAAUUAAGAACGUAACUAAAGACCUUAGGUAGCCUAAUUUUACAGUAAACACCAUUUAAAUAAGAACCUAUGGAGGCUAACUUGAAAAAACCGAGGUUCUUAUAUGCGGGUUUUUUAACUGAAUACCCUGUAAGGUUGAUUUGAUUUUGUAAAGUGUAAGUAGUUCUGUUUGUGUUUAUUUUAGGGUGCUACAGGACCUCAGGGAAGAGCUGGUGCCAAAGGAGUUUCUGGAAGAAAGGUUACACAGAAUAUCUGUUUUGUUAGAUCGUAGAUUUUGCGUGAGCUACCCCGUAAUAUCAGCGGCAUCAGUUAUUAUAUAGAUUAGAGGUUAGUUACCAGUUAUACAAAUUUGAAGAACAAAGGCACGGCCAAGUGUUUCUGCGGUGCCUCAUUGUUAUCAGAAAUAAGAAAAUCUUUAAGGAGAAUUGGUCGCUCAUGGUACCUACGCUUUGGAAAGUACCCUUUCUUUUUACUGGCAGGGAGAUACUGGGGCCCAGGGAGCCGAUGGCGAGAGAGGUUCAACGGGAAAAGAUGUAAGUUGCUGAUGAAGUCAAGUGUGUUACUGCAUUAAUGUGACAGUUUUGAUUGGAGAAAAGUGUUUUGAUACUUAUCGAAUUUAAAUGCUGUGCAGGUUGGUUUAUAUUCACGCAUGACCAGUUCUGAUGGUUAACCAGUUGUCUAAAAUCAGUUUGAUCCUCCUUUGAGUUCUAAGUUCGAUCAAUACGUUGAAGAUACUUUUCAUUAAAAGAGUUUAAGGCAAAGUGAAAACUUUUGCACAAGCAUAUAUAAGGUUGAUCACAUUUUCCUUUGAUUUUUUUCGCUAAGACCUCAAAUAUGAGUUUAUCUUUUGUUUUUUGUUUUCAAUUUUUUUAUCCCAUUCUGUUCUGGUAUUUACCGAUCUUACCGGCUUGUUCUCGUUUUAUCCUAAUAUGCUCUGAGACAUGGCGGGUGGGGUGCGCACGACUAGCUUUCUAGUGGGAAUCUUGAUAAAUCUGCUGCCUUGUAGUUUGAUAAUUGUUUUUCUCCCUCCUUGUGGAAGUGUAUUGGUCAUUUUCUUUCAGUUGUUAAAAACCUCAGUGGAAAAAAAUGAACUUUUUUCAUCAUUACAGGGUGCUCAAGGCAUGCAAGGUCAGCAAGGCGAAACUGGUGUCAAAGGGCACAAGGUGAGUUAAUAGAACGAGUAAUGGUUGAGUAUAACUAAGAUAACAGAUACAUAAUUAGCAGUGGACUUGUAUUUGAUGGCUCGAAUUGUCCACGGUUUCCGGGUCGAAAAGAAUUUAGACUGUUAGUUUAGUGAAGAAAGGAAAAUCGGAGAACUUAGAGAAAAGCGCUCAGCGCAACGGGAAUCGAACCCAAGCCACAACGGUAGCAGCCGAGUGCUUGCACCACUACACCACUGCACCACUCCUGCACUUUCCCUGGCUCGAGUAUGGUGUCUCAAUCGUGAUUGAAAUCUGCAGGUGAAACGACCACUCGCGGAGGGUGAAAUCAAAAGCUAACCGUAAGGACACAGGAUAGAAAUCAGCAGGUACCGAUUUCAUGUUGACCACCUGUUUACUUUUCUAUUUUGACUGUUUUUAGGGAAAUCGAGGCCCUAUGGGACCUGUUGGCGCCCCAGGAACCAGAGGACCAAAGGUAGUGUGUUAGAGCUGUCAAUCAAUGGCGUAUUUUGGUUUCAAACUGUCAGCUACUUACCAUUGUUGUUGACUCACCCACUCACUAAUAGCUUUGUUCAAAUUCCCUUUUAAGCUCUCCUUCAUAAUGCAUAUAUUUAUUGAUCUUGUUGUUGCUCCGUCAACUUUAUUAAUCUCUAAGACUUCAUUCGAAGUAUGUUUGAAAGAGCCACGUCUCUGUUCGUCCGUCUUCAAAAUCUAGCUUGUACGAAGAGCUCGUCAUUUUCCAUCCUUGUUAAUCUAUUCAAACCUUAACCAUUUAGCUCCUAAGUUCUGAUUGUUAAUUCUCCCCUCUGGCUGCUACACAUUUCCUUGUAAAUUAGUGAGGAGAAUUUGGUGUUAGAACAAGAUAACAAGUUCUACCUGAUAAGUUUGAGUAUUCUCAUUACUUGAUUGCCGGACAAUGUAUGGAUAUUGCAGGGAGAAGUUAACCCUUGAACUCCCAAGAUCUGAUUGUUGAUUCUCCCCUUUAGAUGCGUCACAUUCCCUUGUAAAUCAGUUACAAGAAUUUGGUUUUAGAUCAAGACAACAACCGCUAACUGAUAAGUUUGAGGAUUCUCAUAACCUGUUUGCUGGACUUUGUUCAGAUACAUAUAGGGAGAAGUUACAUUUUAAUCACUUCUGGAAUCAAAGGGUUAACCAUUUACUUCCCUUUAUUUGUCUUUUCCUUAUUUUUGCCCCGGUGGUGUUUGACUACAUUAGCAAACGAUUAUUUGAAAAGUAGAUUCUUUUUAGGGGCGAUUCUCUCGCGCAAAAUAUGGCUCGAAUUUUACUGAUGUAACUUCAGAAACUCUUUUUAUUAUUAGCUCUAAAUGUAUAUUCCUUUAUUCAGGGCGAAACAGGAGAGGAAGGAUCGAGAGGAACAAGAGGACCAAAAGGACCGAGGGUAAGUGCUCUCCACUUAGAGAAAAAAACCUUGCGGAACCAGCGUAGUAAAUGCUUAUGAAGUCUAUGCAUUUCUGUGUCCUCCCUAAGUCACUGCGCAUACCUGGGACUGUUUAUCCAUCAGACUUCUACCAUGGGUACUAUGCACAGUUGAUGUUUGUUUAUUUGGUUCUUUGUGUGUUUUUUUUCCAGGGUGUUAAAGGUGAAGUUGGGCCUUCCGGUCCUUCUGGUGUCCAAGGUGUACAGGUAAAGCCAUAAACAAAAACCGGAUAGAUGCACAUCCUGUUCUUUACCUUUUCUUAACCUAUCCCACCCUACCCCACCAUUUAUUUCUUUUCUUUUGUCUUUAAUCGAACAGGGUAGAGCUGGAGGAAGCGUGAGUUUUGUCACUCUAAUUUUUUUUCUUUUUUUCUGUCUCUUUUUUAUCUGUUAAAUUUUAACUCAAAGAAUGAAUAUUUAGUCGGAGGAAGUAGAUAUUAAUAAAUGAUAGUAAAUAUAUGAAAAUCAUUUAUGUCAACUGCGGACAAAUUAUCUUGGCGCGAGAAUUGUUUUUUGUUAAGUGUGUAAAAAUCAUCCGAACUAGCCCCAGAGUUUUUAAGCCUUUUAUGUAAAUUUUUCCACCUGGUGAUAGAGUAGAAUAGUUGAACUUAAGGAGAGAUAACACGUUUGAACUAAUAAUUCCUCACAAUGAUUUUACUCUUCUGUUCGUAUCUUUCGCAGGGAUCUAAAGGACCCUCCGUAAGUAUUGAUUUCAUAGCUAGUUGCAUCCACUUCCAGGAAUUUUAAGGUUCUGUUACUUUACAUUUGAUAUCAGAAUUGGAAAAAACCUACAGCGUCAGACAGAAACAUUUCUUUUCUCGUUUCAUUGUAACGUCUUUCUUGUUCAUCUCUAACUCUAUCCUUUCUUUCAACCGACCAGUUACAUCCUUCGCAGCCCCUCUUUCGGGUGUCACACAACGUCGUCAAGGAGCGUUGUGUAACUCCCUAAGGAAGGCUUGCAAAGGAGGGCAGAAAACUGAGGUUUCGUUACAUCUUGUGAGUUGGACCAUGUAUCCUUUCAGGCGAAAAAUAUUUGACGAAAUCGAAAGAAAUCGUACAAUUUUGUAAAACUUUACGACGCUAGCUUGCUCAAUGCUAAAUAGAGCCUUUUCAUGUUAUUUUCUAUACCCUUCUUCACUUAAAUGUCUUUUCGUUGUUAAACGUCAAUUUUGUUGUUUUAUUUUCAGGGAGAGCAAGGUGUCAAGGUAACGUCGCGUUCGCGUUAAAUUUUGAUCAUUACUUUCGAGAACCACUUAUACCUAUUUAGCCAAGGAACGAGUACAAAUGGGUCCACUUUAAUUCGUUCGAAUCACGAUUAAUUCAACUCUUCAUUCACGGGUAACGUUUAAAUACGAAAUUCGUUCACAUAGACAUAAAAUUUAAUCUCGAUUCGCAAAUUUAAUAAAAUGAAAUCACGACUCACGAGAAAAAAAAACCCUUAUCACGUUCCACGUGAAAAGAAUAGGCGACCCUCUUAGAUUAAUCAAUUUUGUUUUAUUUUGGUAUUUAUAAUUGUGGUUUUCUUUCUUUUAGGGGAGAGUUGGUGCACCCGUGAGUAUCCGUUUUUUCUUUUUCAUUAGGGACCUUAAGCAGUCAGGACGGCAACGCCAAGGAAGACUUCGAUUAAAAAAUUAAUUUCUGCCUUUAAUUAGAGUUUUAAAAAUUGCUGCAUUUGUUUAUCGUCUCAUGCAGCUCCACACCCCAACUUCAGCAUAAUGUAUAAAAGAAGCGUUGAGUUCCAAAUGGAAAUGAAAAUAAUUUGUCGUCGCGGUUUCGGUUCGCAGACGACGCAAAUUGUGAUGAUUUCACGUUGUUGUUUUGCAUAGGACGGCUAAGAAAUGUAGAAAGUUUUAAAACGCGUGUGCUGAGCUACUGUUCUGCUAAUUAGAUCUUUUGUUUUUACAUGUCCUCGUUGCCGUCGCCGUCGUGGUUUGCUUAAGGUCCCUAUUGUCGCCCAGAUUUAACGAGCACCAUCAACAAUAUCCAUUUCUUUGACUGAGACCCUUCUAUAACUCAUACGAAAACAGCCGUAGGCUGCCAAGUUUAGGUAUAUUCGUAACGAAACGCUCCUACCCCUAGUGAGUAAUAAUACAGCCACUACUUUAACCCUUUACACCCUAACAUCAGUAUGGAUAUUCACCAUACUGUAUUUUAUAUAUUUCCCGUGGUACUGACAAGGAGAAUUUGGGUAACAAUCAAGAGCUUCUUUAGCUGGGGAUCAUUUCCUUUAUUCUUGUGACCUUAAUGUUUGAUGCAGGAGAGAUAAUUUAAGGAGAAAUUAGAUGCUGGUCAAAGGAUUAAAGUAUAAUUUGAGUGAAGGGGGGGGGGGGGCUGCCUGAGAAAUUUGAUGCUUUAGGAAGUCCAUUAUAGCGCUCGCGAUUAUAUGCGCGACAAGGCAGUUUGAAGCUUACAAAACACUGACAGUCUCUCACUGCAGGUGAAUGUGUGUAUCCUCGUCUCACAAUCCCUAUAAACUGUGUUCAUGUUUGUGACAUAACCAAAAAACUUCACUUUGACUCCUUGGCGUAUUGUUUUUCAACUAUCACUGAUUCAUGUAUCGAGAUACACUCAUAAAACCCUGUUUAGACAACUCAUUUAACUAAUAUAGCGACAUGUAAGUCGUUUCUAUGAGUAAAUUUCAUGAAAGAACAAGCCAACUGAUAGCGUAAUGAUCGUAACAGUUAGGAAAAAAAAGUUCACUUUGACUCCUUGGUAAUGUUUUUUAACUGUUACUGAUUCAUGUAUCGAGAUACACACAUAAAACUCUGUUUAGACAACUCAUUUAACUAAUAUAGCGACAUGUAAGUCGUUUCUAUGUGUAGAUUUCUAUGCGGUGUUAACCUCGUUUUAUUUUUUCCGCUACCCAGGGUCCCCCUGGUCCCCCGGGAGUUCCUGGCUCGGUAGGUGUAUUUUUGAUGUUAUGGAUUCAUGAAAGAACAAGUUAACUGAUAGCGUAAUGAUCGUAACAGUUAGGGGGAAAAAAACGUUCGUAUGACGAAUCUGUUUUUAUGUAAUACCUUGGUUUUGAACAUCAUAUGGCCAUUCAUCAUGAUAUCCCAGUUGACACUAAACAAUUAUCUUGAAUUUUUUCUUUUUUUUUCUUCUUCUUUUCCUUUUUCAGGUUGGCGGCCUGUUUGGGGUAAGUUCGUGUUAUUCAAAUGCAUUAUGUCACGUGUUAUGUGAUGACUGGGUCUAUCCAAUUAUGGAGCAGUAUUCAGGUCACAUGAUUAGAGCAGAUCAAUAAUAUUGCAGAAUAAAGCAAUUUUCAACUGAGUGUCGAAAUUAAUCCGGAGUCGCUUUGGUUUUGCUUUAUUUCGUUAUGUGAUUGGUCCAGAAAACUCGUAUCACUUUCUGAAACCAAUCAGAUUCAAAACCAAAACCAAUCGCGACCUGAUCACUCGCAUUUUCCCGCGCUUCAGGCAGGUUUCCUUCUCGUGAAAUUUUCCUUGCUAUAAUUGGCUGUUCUGAUUUCUUUGUUUUUGGUUUUAUGGCACUCGAUCGAAAAGCGCUCUAUGCAUGGCUGGUUUGAGCCAAUCAGGAUAAACCUGACGACUUGAUAAAUAUUGCAAUUCAUCGCAGGUGUACUAUAAUAUGUGGUAAGUUUGACAUUAAUGUUCUGCAACGGCGAGAGAUAUUAACGCGUUGGCAAAUGUUUUUUGUCUUUUAGGGAAAUUCGCGCAGAAAACGACGAUCCGUUUCUAACAAUGUGGAAGAUCAGGUAAUUUCAAUCACUUUUUUCACCUUCAAGAGUACAUUGCUGUGUUUUGUUUGACAUGCGAUGCACUAGCCUACGAGCGAGCGCUCAUCAUCAGCACUUCAAGACGCGCGUUUCUCCGCCCCCCCCGAGUGAAGAUUUCAGACGAGUUGGGGAGAGGUUUGCUUGUGGUCUGACACUAAUAAUAAGUGCUUGAAUCGUCGCAGACCUCUCGCCAGCUUACGUUGCUCAUGGUAAAUGGCGUAAAAACGUUCGUACUGAUGGGCAAAUAACGAGGGUUCGGUUGCACUUAUUAGGUUAACUCUUCCUAAACCUCCGGAAAGAUCUAAUUUUUUUCCAGAAAAUUUGCGACUCAAACCGCUUUGAGGUUGGGACAUAAAGGUCUUAACUUUCGUUCAUGUCAAAAGAUCUACUCUUCCGAUUUUUUAUGACACUUCAGUCAGCGAAAGAUAGUGCCAAUAUUCCAAAUUCUAACAGUUUCUCUAACAUUUUCAAUGUUCCACAAAAAUUUUUCUCGCGAAGGUGCUUCAACUUCCGACGAGUUGUCGUAGAUACUUCGGAGAAUGCGAAAUAAAAGUUAACUCGCGAUUUUGCGAACCUAUGUUUAUUACCAAGGUUAAAUAUCUUACAGUGAUUGUUUUUGUUAACAGUUUGUCGAACUCACCAUUGGUGUUCUGGAAGUCCUGGACAUGCUUAAAAACCUGGAAACACCCCUUGGUGGAUCAGCCAAAACUUCUGCCAGAACAUGUAAAGAAAUCAUGCUUCUUAACAGCACGCUCCCUGAUGGUAAGUACCUUUCAUUCCUAAGACAAGGCUGUGCUCUAACGGCGCCCGGUCGCCUGAGGCGACUAACAUUUGGCCUCGGGCGACUGAAAAUAUUUUCUUGGUCGCCCGGCCGGGCGACUGGCUGGUGUUUUCCUUGAUUUACAGUCAAAAAAAAAAAAAAGAAAAUGUUGUUCAAUCGGGCGCGUUGAUAUUCAAAGGUCGUUCCACGUGAAUUUACGUGUAACAUAAUCAUCGACUUUGAUCGUGACGGUAUCACUAAAUGAACACGGGAGUCGUUCUUUUAAAAGAAAAUGUUGUUCCAUCGGGCGCGCGUUGAUGUUCAAAGGUCGUUCCACGUGAAUUCACAUGUAGCAUAAUCCUUGACUUUAAACUUGACUAGCUGCACAGUUUUCGAUUUUAACGGCUUUUCCAAUAGCAUUAAAAUUUUUCCUUUAAAUUGGGAUGGCUCAUCAGCUAGUUUUUCAAAAGAAGUUGUUACUUCUGCUCUGAUAGGCGUAAAGUACGGUCGGCGAUUAAUAAAUCGCUGAAUAAACACGGGAGUCGCUCUUUUAUGCUAAUUUAAUAUUUUAGCCGGCUUUUUACUGCCGUGUCUGCGAGGCAAAAACAUAACUUAAGAUUGUUUUUCCAGUAAAACACGAUGUAUAAAAAAGAAAAGAUACGUUUUUUUUGUGAUUGUUUUAGAAACGGGUAUAAACUAUAUAAGUCCCGCAUUGUCCUUGGUGUCGUGACAAGUUAUUACGUAUCACGCACUAAAAAUAAAAUCGACCGAAUCCACAAAAAGCUCAUUUGUCUUGAACAUUUCACCGAUAACAUAGGAAAAUAGUUUUUCUUCUGUAAGUGUGAAUUAAAUAAUUAUUUGACUAUAAGUGAUGAUAGGUUUUCAGGAGGUCAAAGGAUACGAUGUUUCAUGAACAUAAAAAUAAUAAAUAAAUGCACAUAGUUCUAUUUGACUCGUUACGAAAACAGUUUGUUUAAUUUUUAAUAAUUAACUGACUGAUUUAUUAAUUUGGGCGACCAACUAGGAGGCCCGGGCACCUCAGCUAAAAUGUUUGGGAGCCCGAAGGGCUCCCCGAAAUUUUGAUUUGGGCGACCAUCUUUUAGGCCUGGGCACCCAAGCUAAAACGCUUGGGAGCCCGAAGGGCUCCCUGAAAUUUUCCUUAGAGCACAGCCUUGUAAGACACCUCAUCUAAAGCGGGCGGGCGACAUACGGGGUGAUACCGUACGACAGUCAUGGCGAAUUUAAUCGCAAGUAAAAUUGUCACAAACUCUUGGUGAAUUCGUGCGCUGAUGCCAGCGAUUUGUCCCCUGGUCUACUUCGCGGGAAUUUUAUGCGUUCAACUAUUGCGUGCAAACAAAUUUGAAAUAUUAUUUGGAGGGUUCGCUCUAUUGUAAAUUUUCUCCAUUGCGACAAGUUCGCCCCUCGUUAUAUUUGACAGGUUCACCCUUACAAAUUCGCGCCCCCUCCCCCCCAAAAAGGAUAAAAGUGGUAAUAAAUCUGAAAGACAGUGGCGCCAAUCAAGUGUAAGUAAACAGGAUAAUGUUGCCGAACAAGGGGACUUAAAAACGGGAGACUUGCUGCCUUCAUGAUCACCGAUCCAAUUUUAGUGUUUUUUUUUUCGUUCAACUACAACUUUGCUCUUGUCCGCCAAUUUGAGAAGUCUUGUGACAAACUGACUCAGCCUGAUUAGUUCACGUAGCUGGGAUAGCGCCAAUUGGUUACGUCUUGUAAUAAAACUCGUAAGGUCCGACUGGUCGACGUAUCUGGUGUAACCCAGCGAUCAUCGUAGAAAUUUGGUGGAACACGCUUUGGUGGUUAAUGCUGGUAAAUUUGAUCGUUGAUGCCAGAUAUAAGCAAUUAAAUACGCCAAUUACCGCGAUCGGCGUGUUAGAUCGCCCAAAGUCUAGUUGGCUUUUAGUAACUUCGUGACCAUGUCUUUAAUUUUUAUUUCAGGUAAUUACUGGCUAGACCCUAACGGUGGCUGUGCAGAAGAUGCCUUCCAAGCGGAAUGUAAAUUCUCUGCUGGAGGACAAACAUGCAUAUACCCAAAUCAGCUGCAGGUAAGAAUCACUGAAGUCCUCUGUUCUCUGGUAUUUUAAAAGGACUAGACGCAAUUCCACCGGACCCGAAAGAAGAAACUAAUAAGUUUGUACGUUACAUGCUUUUUUUCUCGUUAGAAGUAGGGUAAGGUAAAACCUGACAUGUCCUCUUAUAAUUUCAGGGUGACAAUUCAAGAGAGAUCCUCAAGGUAUUUACGCGUUUUAUCAAUACAAGAGCAUGGUAACCUAUUAACCUAAGAAUUUAGUGAACAGUUCCUGAGGAAAAUACUUUGUGCGGUUUAAAAUGUUUUGCCUGUUUGCUGCCGGGCGUACCCGUUGUGCCGUCAAAUUUUGAUUGACUGACUCUCUGUCUGUCUGUCUGUCUGUCUGUUUACUCCGGAUUUUUUAGUUCUCCUACGAGGCAAGUCCAACACAGUUCAAGUUCCUUAAACUUCUGAGCAAGCAAGGUGUCCAAGACAUCUCACAUGAAUGCCUUAGCAACGCCGAUGACCUGACCAUAUCGACUUUUAACGGACAAAAGAUCACAACAGAUCACCCUAGAUGCACGGUAAAAAAAUAUUUAUUUAUAGAUACACUUUAUUGUCGGUAAGAGAAGACACCAGUUUACUCUGCUUGCUAUGUUAACCGUUUUUAGAAAAAUCCUGUUAGCUUGAACCUGCGGAAAGAUGGUAAAUAACCAGCCUUAGAAGGCCUCCCGGGAAAGCAGGCCCAAGUGUGUUAUAUCUAUCGAAGAUAGAUAUAUCUAUAUAAUAAAGAUAUCUAGGGUAAAAUUUUCCCUCUGAGAAGCGUGUCCAAAUAUUUAGGACUCGAAGUGAUAUCCGGGGUAAAAUCCACACCCAGGGGAGCAGCUCAAGUGUGAUAUAUCUAGGACUCGAAAGAUCGGAGAUACCAAAAUGUUGAGGUUAAAAUUUACUCACGAGAAAGUGGGCCUGGGCUUGAUUUCAUUAGGACUCGAGGAAACGAAGUUUCUAAGAUAUCCGGGGUAAAAUUCACUCCUGGGGAAGCGGGCCCUAGACGGUUUGUGAUAUCCGAGAUCUCAAUACAUUAAUUUUUUUAUUUUCAGAGCGGCCAGAACGAAGUUCAUUCCAUCGACCAAAAAGACCUACUUCCUUUGAAGGACAUUUCCACCACACAACAGAAGCCAGUCAAAUUCGAGCUCGGCCCAGUCUGUUUCCAAUAA